AUGAACAGCCCUGGCUGUGACAGAGCUCCGGCCGCGGAGAGCAGCGGGGCGGCCCGGAGAGAGGAGCCGAGCAGCGGGGCACGCUCCGAGCUGCUCAUGUACCUCACCUGUCUGCCGGAGAGAUACCGGACGGCGAAGUUCACCCUGGCGGCUCACCUGCUUUGCUGGGCUCUGCUAAGAUGGUACCAGGUGAGGUUAUAUAUUUAUAUAUUUAGUUUUGGUGAUGUUGGCAACUUUAGAUAACAGAUUUAAAAUGAAAUGCAGUAGACCUCUAGGAAAACUGAAUCCAGGUAUCUACACUUAUUGUCACCUUGAAGUCUACUUCAGUUUCACUCAGAGGCAAAAGUUUUAAUUCUUAAUACAUUUAUGUAACAUUAACACUAUUACUUUUACAGUACAUCAAGUUUUCUUUUGUGGGCUCCUCAUCACUAAAGUAUGAACUCCUAUCCUUUGAGCUGUAAAUGCAUCAGAAAGAAACAAAACUGAUAUUUUGACCCAUAAACAGUAGUCUACCAAGAGAUGCAGAUGAGUGCAAAUGAAAGGGAUACCAUAUACUUGAUCUCUUUCUUAUAAUGAACAUUUUGAGUGUUUGUGUCAUCUGAUUCAGCUGGAAUGGGAUGAUGUUUCACAGUUUCAUAUAUUGAAUUGAUAGUGUGAGAACCAAACAUGUUUAGGGUGAUGAAUUAUGGCAUGGUCUCUUCUGCUUUAAAGUUGUGUGUGUGAAGAGGAAAGCAGAUGUGGAUGCCAGCAAUAAGACCACCAACAUUACUCCAUGUGUCUGUCUGGCUGUCUGGCUACUUCAGAGAGCUUCCUGGCUUUGCUUCUGCAGUGUUGUUCACACUAAGAUUGAAUGCAAUGCCCUAGAACUGGUUUCUCAGACAACGCAACUCACAGACGCCCAAUAUGUUUUGAGUCAAGCUUAGCAGGCGGUGAGGCCACAUGUGAUUUUGUAAAAUGCUGGUGCUGUUGAUUAAACUUCUUAAUAGUGUGUGAAGCUUUCAUUUGCUGGGGUUUUGUUGUGCUUAAGUGACAUGGCUUGGUGAAACCCUGUAACAACCAGUGGGGUUAGAAGCAGGAAACUUGUGCAUGGGACAAUUUACCCCCCAACCCUGCCUCUAGGGGGUAUUCCUGUUAAUUUGCAGUAAUUCAUCAGCCAUCACAGAAGACUGGAUACAAUUCAUGACACUGGCAGGGUACACUCAUUGUAAAACUGUAAAAAAAACAAAUAUGGUGUAUUCAAUAAAACUGCUUUUUUAGCUAAAGGGUAGAAAUUAUUUUUUGCUCAUUACUCAAAACUUGCUCAUAAAUUAAGUUAAGUAGAGAAACAAUCGAACAUUUCACUUCAUGCUGCUCAGUGUGUGUAAGAGAGCCUCUGUCCUUCCUGGCCCUCGCAAGUAGCUCCUCAAACCUGAGGGCUAGUAGCACUUUGGUGUGCAAGAGGCAGAGGGAGGAGGGAGAUAAGAGAGAGAGCGAAACCCGAGCUGCACGUAACGUGUCAAGCCAAAUCAUGUCACUAAUAUCAAAUCACUGAUCACCUUCAUGGCGUAGCACAUCAGCGUUGUGCCUCCAACCAAACCAAAAUGCAUUACCUUUGACUGCCAUCACGUUAAUAGCUCUGACAAUCCUUGAUGCUGCAUCACCACUUCAUGCUUAUCCAUGUUAUUCAUGGUUAGAGUUAUAUUUCAACAACUUUCAGAGUAUAAUGAACUGUGGCUCCUUUGUUUGAAUGUUCCUGCUUUUUAUGGAGUGGAUUAUGUGUCCUGCCAGUUCUUCCCCGUUCUCCAUGGGUUUGAACCGAGGAGUAGCUAAAUCAGAGAUUGGAGUGGUUUGCUUUGUGGCCAACAAAGAGUUAGUUGAAGGAUUAUAAGACUCUUUCCCUUCCUACACACUGAGCCUGGAGCACCAGUCAUGGCAUCCAAUUUCUUAGUUGUCAUUGUAGAAGUCGACAACAAGUCUGAGUAGUAUUUUGACCCGACUCAUCUGGAGUUCUGAUCUUUGCCGAACUGAUGCAGAAACAAGCAUUGUCAUGUACAAAGUCUUAAGGUAGGCUUCUCUUUGUUCAGUAGCAGAGUUUUUUAGUUGCCAGACUUAUCCACUUUAUUUCAUGGGUAUCUGCAGACGUGCAUUGUGUACACUUGUCUUUGAUUAUAUUUCAGAUAGGGUUUUUUAACAUGAAAAAAUACUUUAGUCUGGAUUAAAUUGAGGUAUAUUUCCUAUUUCUGCCUUUCAUUUUGUAGAAGAAUAACUGUCAGUAGCUAUUAGAGAUUAGAGAACUGUUAUGGGACUUGAUGACCACUCACUUUAAAGUUCCUCCAGACACUGUUAAAGGCAUAAUAUUUCACUGAGUACACCGUACUGGAACCAAAAACCCCAUGAACAAACACACACGACCAAUUGUCACCAAAGCUGAAUAAUUUUGAUAGAAAGCACUGGUACAACUGCACAGCUAAGAUCUCAAAGGUAUGGACUUCCACAUUUAAACGACCUGUUCUCCUGAAUAAUAAUGGACAGAUGUAAGGCACUAUUCCACAUCUGUAAAAAAGCCAUACAGGAAAGAAAAAAGCGAUAACCUCUGAGGAAAAUAUGUUGAAAAUAUCAGGACUGUUUAAAUAUGACUGUAGACAACAAUUUACAUCCUGUUAGACCUUUUUUUUUCAUUAAACAUUGUAUUUUUUUUUCAGUUUCAACAUUUGUCAGGUCGUCUCUGCAUUAUUUAAUGGGUUUACAUAACUUGAAAAUCUUUUUUUUUUUAACACCAGCCUUAUUGGCCGCAUUGGUUAAGAAAUCAGCUGUCAGUUAAGUGACUUUGACCAUCAGUGUUAAUAUCGGUGCAUUGCUCCUGUUAAUAUCCUGAAGAAUAGUUUCACCACUUUCUUUUUUCUCUCCAUAGAAACUCAGAUGCCAGCCUGCUCAUCUUCAGGUAAGAGGCCCAGAGAAAACUACUGUUUACAGAACCUCCACCUCUCACAUGCAUGCUCUCUCCCAAACAAACACAGUCAAUACAGAGGGUGCAAGCUUCGAUCUGAUCUACCCAAGCCUAAGAGCGCUUCCUCUUUCGUUAUUUGGCCCAAAGCAGGAGACUGCAUCUUUAGAUGAGAGGGGCCGACCCCCACCACCUGUCUUUUUUAUGAAGUGUGUUUCUGUGUCAUUCUCAGGGGAAGAGCAUAGACAUGUUUGGGGAGCUUUAACGGCUCAACUUUCUGUUGUCAGAGCUUGGAGCAGUUUGUGCCCUUGGUGAAAGUCUUUUUCAGUGGUACCAUCAGGUCUAAUCAGCCAUGUCUUCCUCAGUCAUAAAAAUGAUCAGUGAGGAAUUCAUUUAAAAGUGUGAGAAAAUCAAGUUUCUGUUACCUGUCUGGACUUGUGGUAAAGAUACUGGGUGAAAUGGUUGGAUGGAGCAAUUACACGUGAUGGCUUGUUGGUGCCUUUGGCCAUGAAAAUGUUGGUAUGAACAGAAACACACAGAGACUUGCAUUUAUUUUAUACCAGCCUCAGUCAAGAAGUUUGCAGACAGACUGUGGUUCAACAACUUAAUUAUAAGCUGCUGUAAUUCUUUUAUUCCACAGCAUUUAAUUGUUUUCUUACAUUCUUUGGUUGGAUGAGAUUGAUACACAUCUGGAAAAGGUGCAUGUAUCUGAAGAAUCCCAUCCAAACUAACUAUUGGUUAUUGGCUCGACUCUGUUUCACUUUAGCUGAACACAGCAGGGACUUCUUUCGCCAUUGGAAUGUUUUUACCUGCUCUCAGCUGAAGACUUGUCUUAAACCACAGAUGAUUGACAGAGGUAAUUGUGACUUAUAGUCAAAGGCUACUAUAAAUCUUCACUGCUGGUUUGAAGGCUCUGGCUCUAAGCUUGGGGUUACAUAGCUAGGAAACCAAACCUUGUCAGACAAAGAAAGGGAAAGGUAAAGAAGACAAAACUUUGGCAUUGAGUUCUUAAUAAUGCGUUUUGCUGCCUGUUUUGAUACAUAAUGCGUCCACUGGGAGACAACCUGAUAGUAAUGAGCUAAAAAGGGGUUUGACACCUACUAUAGCAGGGGCAAACAUGCUUCUGUCAGAAAUUUGAUUAUUGCCCUGUGCAUGUAAACAUGGGUAACGACAGAAGUCCAGUGAAAUCGCCUAACUGAGCUAUGGCUGUAAACAUACUAAAUGAUGAGUGCAUGAAUAGUAUUUCAUGCUUUCGUUAAACACACAUUUGGUUUCCAGGGGCAACUGAUGUGUUUAUGAUGACUCCACUCAUACAGACUAGUACAAUGACUCUUGCAUUGACAUGUCUGCAAAGGUGGACAUAACCAGCCACAAACUAAAAUGAAACAAACUUUUUCCCUGUGUGUGAGCAGAGCAAAAAGUAAGUCUAUCUGGAUAAUUUAACGAUUGCUUGAAUAUUAGAGUUGUAAGUUACAAACAAUGAGUGCUUGGUAGAUUUUGGGACCCAUCAACCACUGUUAAACCCUGGUUCAGUAUUUUUUCAGUUAUGUUUUAUUUGUAAGUGCAAAUUUCCUUGAAAUAUACAUAACCAAACGAUUCUGAGGCGGUAUCUCCUCCAUAGAGGGUGACCACUCAAACAAGAACUUUGAAAUUAUUAUAAUGAGAUUAUAAUGAAAUAAAAAAGACUCAUGCUAACAUCCUGAUUAGACUUAAACUUUUGAUUCAAUUGGAUUUAUACUGAAAAAUGGUGGUGUAUUCCUUUAGUUUUCCUGUGCAGACUUAUUUGAUUGUAAUCUGUUGACAGGUGUUUGGACUGAAAUGUCCUGUACUGUUUCUAAGUAGAAGAAACUUAAAAGCCAACAGUAUUUUUUUUUUUUUUGACAGAAUUCAAAGUGUGUAGUGAAGUGGAAAGGAUUAGAUAAGCCUUCACCCCUCACCAUACUGUGGGGCACCCCUACAUUGUAGUACAAGAGAGUGAAAUCCUUUUCAAAACGGUGACCCCAGCUUGACCUAGAAUUUGCCAGCUCAUAAAGACUGCCUCUGACCCAUCUGACGCAUUACCUGGGCUUGAUUGGUAUUUUUGAGAAGUUUGAUUUUUUUCUAUUUUAAGUCGGAUUAAUGUGUUAACAUGCAUUUUUAUUGUCCAGUUUCUGUCGGACUAAUGCGAGUCAAUUUUCUAAACAAGUAAAUGUUCCACGUGUCAAAUCUGUUACCUGAAAAGAAAAGAAAAUAGGCAGCAUGUUAUUCCAAACUGUAGGUUGAGCUUCAAAUCCCCCCCAGAACAAGCUAGUUAGCAUGUAGCCAGCCUAAACAACAUUUUGUGUAAAGAAUUAAACACCAUUUUAUCAAUAAAUUGACUGAGCUUUAGCAAACUUAUUAUUUAGCAGUGAUUUUCUGGAGUUACAGUCGCUACUUUGACCACGAAUGACAAUCUUUUCAGCCUCAAUGUGUCAUCAGUAGAUAUACACUUUCAAGCAGGUUGACCUGUUUUCAAUGGGGAUGCAAAUCCCAUCUGUGCCAACAUUAAACUUGGAGAGUAAAGAGCAAAACCCCCCCUGGUUGCUUUUAUCAACACUGACCCUCACUCUAACAAGAUGAAGAAGUGGGGUACUUUCACGACUGUGCUAGCUGUGGGUCUGCUUGGACAAAGAUGCAGUUUCCUUUUACUCUCCACCAUGGCUGCAUCAGUUUGGGGGCAGUAAAUCUCCAUCAUAUGAGGACUAAAUUAAUAAUGUGUGUGUACAAAAUAAAGUGUUGAAAUAGGUGGAGUCAGAACUGCUGGUAGUACUGUUCGUAUCUACGUUUUAACACACACACACUGCAUACACAUGAUGAUCAGGUAAUUAGAGUCCAAGGCAGAGCUUUACAUUCCUCGGAGAAGUUUUGGGCUGCAGUGAGGUUGACGGGGUGACAGGGUGAUGAACUGCCAUCCAGGCUCACAGUGUAGAAGUUAACUCAAAAGACAGCCUGGAAUUUAUCUCUUUCACAUCCAGCCAACUGAUGCUAAUAGGAAAAAAUUCAUCUUUCCUGUCUCCCAUCCUUCCUCAUUUUGUUUAAGGCUCUGAAAAGGGCUUCAGUCUCUUUUAUGUAACUCUAGUGUCAUUGUCCUGUGUAUGUGUAUGUGUAUGUGUGUUUGUGUGUGUGGGUGUACGUUUGGUUCAGAGUAGUUUACCAGUCCAGCAGCUUUUGGCUCCUGUGCUUUAACUCCAAAACUUGACCAGUAAUUUUGGACUCAGUGGUUGGAGGCCCAGCAAAAACCAAAGCUUUCUAUUUAAAGGGGACCAAAAAUUAAAGGACGACUGGGAGUAGAGUUAGCUCACUGUAACUGAAUCACACAGCUUUGGAAGUGACAUGUUUAGUAACGCCAAUGCAACAAACUAGAGAUAAAGUCUGAUGAUGGCAAACCUGGAUCAUUUUGCUGUACUAGCAUGGAUGAGUCUUCAACAUCAAUGUUUGUCUGAUUGUGUAGUUUUCAUUUGCCCUUGUUUUUCAGUUGUGGCAAGAAAUCUUUCCCGUAUAGAAGCUCAUAAAAACAAGAUUUGGGGGCUGUUUGACAAACCUGUAGAUUUUUAAAGAAAACGAUACAACAGUUAUCAUGCAAUGCCAACUUAAAUGAUAAUAAAUGAAGUAUAAAGACAUAAAUACUAUAGUAUAAAUACCGGGCUGUAUGCAGUCUUUGACAGGUGAGGUUUUGACUGACAGCAGCCUAACCUCAACGUCUGAUUGUAAUGGCUCUCUAAAUGAGAGGCAAAAAGUGUGAAAAUCAUCUGAAAUGUAACAGAAUAAAUGGCCUUAAACAUAUUUAAAACAGGAGUUUUGAGUUAAUCUAUGAAUAUAUGUGAUUUUACGAAGAACACAAAGCUCCAUUGAACAAUACUCCUGUCCAAUUUAGCCACAUUAAGCUCCUUUCAAUCACUUGUUUUAUUUUUGUUGUUGUUGUUUUGUCCCUUUUUUAGAUUGGGCGAGCUGAUGAGAGACCAGAAAAAUGCGGGGUAGAAAGUGGGGGGAGACGUGCAACAAAUGAGGACUUUAGUCUCUGUAAAUGGGGCACAUGCCUAAACUGUGAGGCCAGUGGUACCCCCAUGCCAGGUCAUUUUAUUAGUAAAAAAAAAAUCAGACUCUUCUUGGGGAGAUACACAUUCACUGUAUCCAAGGAAACCCCUCAAACCAAGCAGAAAGAGUAUAACAAGAGGAAGACCAUUCACUUUAAUGGUAGACAGCAGGUAUAUCAGGAAACCUUCAAUAUUUCCUUUUUUUUUCUUCUUCUUAUUCAUUGCAACAUUGACAGGUUUUUUAUUCAUUGUCAUAUUGUGAAAUGGAAAAAUUCAGUUUCUUUUCCAAACUCCCUACAUGAAAACUUUUAUCCCUUUCAGCAAAGUCACAACACACAGAUUCUGCGGCACCGUGAAGCUCUUUGUAGUACCAUCUGUUUUUGCUAUCCUGCUGUAUACCAGUGUGGUAGUUGAGCUCAGUAAAGGUCACCCUUGUGGUAGUGAGGUACAGUGAGAUUGUUCAAGUAUCUUUGGAUCAUGUGAGUGUUAGAUGUAAGGUGGAUAGGAUGCACAAGCUAGAAGCACACCAGAUAAAACCGGAUGUCAACUUUCCAACAGAGGAAAGUACACUGAGACUGAGGACUAGCGCUGAUACAGUAACACCCUAACGGAUGAUGAUUGAAUCCUCAGGCACCAUCGCCAUGACAUCAAUUGUUUAUGUUGACCAGGGCUUUAGAGAGGAACUCGGUUACUUUGAUCCACCUCUGACCCAAAUUCUUCCACAGGCUGAAAAUAAAGAGAGGAGAAAGAAAGGGGCUGAUGGGCAGAACGGACCAGGGAGUGCCAAAGAAAGCAUUCCCUGAACUUGAGGAUGAAAUGAGCCAGGGGAGCCUACUGACUGACUGACUUUUCUUUUUCUGGACUUGUGGUUUCUCUGCCCGGUCAUUAUGUUUCUCUGCUCCUCCAAGCUUCCCAAAGGGCUUGACGGGACAGAAGUAUUUAUUUGUGUUUGUGUUUUUUUUAUAGUGGGGAUUAGUUCCACUUUUUCACCUUUUCAAAGUGAGCUCUUAACCUGUGGAGGUUUCACUCUUACAUCUGUUUUUUUGACUUUGAAAUGGUAGCAGUGUGCCUGCCUGUCAGUCAAGUCAGCCGUGCCUCUGAUUUGCUGAUGUUGAAACCUUGAUAACUCAGAAACAAAUAUGAUACAAAAAGAAAAGAAAAGAAAACCUCCUUUAACUGUGGGUUAGGGUUUUACCGAUACAACUCUUUGACCUCCGAUAAAAUACCCAUAUUGUAGCAUUCAAUCUUGAGCAAUAUCAAUAUUGAUCUGAUAUUGGCACAAAAUUGUGCAUGACAAGUUUUUUACUCAGCUGCAAUGUCUUUUUCAGCUUAAAAAAAAAAUGCUGAGCACAAGGCCAACAUCACUCUUACUCCUUGCUACUUUGUUCGUUCCUCAGUACACACUGUUGUUGUGAUUUUGUGGACUCUGCAUGCUGGAUCAUGGCACUGCUAGAUAGAGGUCUGAUAUUGGAGCUUUUAGAUGCAGGCCAAUAUAGUCUCAUAUUCAUUUUUUUGCUGAUAUCGGACCGAUAUCCGAUAUCAAUAUCAGAUCGAGACAGCCCUACUGUGGGUUCUGUGGGAGCCCUGAGCAAAUUAGACCAGAGCUUUUUUUGAUCCGAUGUGUUUGUGUUUGCUCCAAAAUCUGUCUUUUUCAAAUCAGUGCCUUGUAUCUGUUGCUUCUGCAGACAGCCUCAAGUGGACACUCAGGGUACUGCAAGCACUUCUGCAUCAGCUUCAUUUCUCAAGACUGGAGGUUGUCACAGGACUCAUAUUAUGUAAUAAGCUUUAGCAUUUAUUUUUAAACUCUUAAAGGCAAAGAUUGGUCAGCUUCUAACCCUAACCCAAGGGGUCAACUGAUUUAAAAACUUCAUAAUAACACAUAACAAAUGAAAACAAAAGGAUGAAGGCUUUAUUUAUGCACGUGAACUCUGCUUGUUAGGAUUACGCUUUCAGAGCAUGUGAUAAUCGGCCAAGCAAAAAGUUGCAGGAACUGUUUUUUAGAGUAGAGGUGUUCAAAAAGCAUGAAAAUAUCAGUCAGUAAAGCUUUCUGUAUCACCUGAUCAGAAAGUUACCUAUAUCCUUAAAGGUAGGAUUAGAUAUUUGCCGCUCUCCCUGUGUUUUAUGAGGGUUAGACCUUAGACUGACACCCUGAUCAGGACCAAUAACUUGACUUAGACUUCAACACUGAUUAGGGCUGGGUGAUAAGCCGAAAAUUUACAGAUACUGAAAUUUACGACAAUAACCAACUUCAUUUUGCCUAUAUCAGUAUAUUCAAUGUCAAAAAAAUAAAUAAAUAAAAGUUGGUUUUGGAUGUGUGUAGGUAGGCCAUGUCUCUGGUGUCCCUUUUAAGAUGCUGUCUCACGUCAGAGACGUGACUCCACCCCAUCCAGUCCUUAACAAAGAGGGAAAGACAGGUGAGGAGAUGAAGAACAGUUCAAAAGUUGAAGUAGACGAAGUUCAUGUGGGAGAGGUUGAGCAGCUUGUGGAGUAGUUAUCGUCCAUUUAUCAUUAUCAAGGUGAACUGCUUAAGAUAUUGUGAUAUUGAUUUGAAGCUAUAUUGCCCAGCCCUAACACUGAUGACUGACUUGGACCAGGUUGGGAAGAGAAAGUGAGAGAGAAAAAUAGAGAGGAGUGGGCCGACUUUCUUUAUUGAUAAAGACUGUUCGACUGAUUGUUUUGAAAGGCAAGGCUCGAAUAACUCAUUCAGCCUCCAGUAAGAGUUGGCUUGAGUGUUUGCCUGCUUGCACUUUCAUGUGCCAUCUUGUUCAAGCAACAGCUCCAGACAGGAUGCCUAAAGAGGUAUCACGUGUCAUUAGUUUGGGCUUUCAAAUAUUUGACAGCAAAUGCAAGCAAGAGCAACGCAGCAUGUUUAAUCAGUGAAAGAACAAAGAAGAGGAAGACAGGGACAACCCAAAAGUUUACCAGACAGCUGGCAAGGAUGCACCCAAACAAGGAAGUGAGGCUCUAAAGUCUGAAAGACUGUGGAGAACCUCUGAAGUGAUUCAACCAGUAGGUCUAAGACAGUUUAAAAUUUUGUGUAAUUUUUUGAGUUUUUCAGACACCUGGAAAUACCCUGAAAAUGUCAGGGGUACAAGUAUAAAGCUUAAAAUAUUUCAUAACAAAAAGAGAUUAUGGGAAAGUAAUUGUGUACCUAAAUUAUUAUUUCAUUCUGGUAACAGAGUUUCAACAGAACCAAUAUAAUUUGCAGAAAAAGGGAUACAGCGAAGUGCUGGGAUUCUUUGAGUGAGCAGUGACCCUCUUAUGGGUUCUUAGAGUUAGCCUGGGCCUCUGCUGUGCUUGUCAUGCAAAUGAAGGAGCAAAUGCAUGAUGUUUUCCUUCUGUAACUGUUGGUAACCCUGGAAAUACAGAGAACCUACUGUCCUAUGCUUACUUUUGCAGACAAAACAGGGGACUUUGUAAUUUUUUUUAGAAUUGAUAAAUAUCCCUGUGGAUGUUUGGUGAUAAUGUUCUGGCAAUAUAAUCAAGAUAAGGAAAUGAUGCUUAUGUACUAUGAACACAUUCUUUGGUGAGUGUAAUUAACCAAAGUCAUUUAUCAUCAUUAAAUACAUCUCUCAACUAGUCAACUUUUGGAUAUACAGUGCCAAGACCAAACAAACGUCAUUUUUUGUAAUUUAUGGCCUAACAUUUUCAAGAAACCCCAAAAAUUACACAGUGAGAGGGCAAAUGUGUACAACAGCAAAGAACUACUGUCCUGUAUAAUAAAUAUAAAGCAGAUAUUUUGAACAGGACUUAACUGGAGGUAGAUAUUGAGUGCCCCGCGCCUGCAGCAAAACGCUGAUAUUGAUACUUCUUCUCUUGCUCCUCCUCUUUCGACCACUAAUACUACUGCUUCUAAUAAUGAUUGUUAGAAAAGUCAUGCAGAAUGAAAAUAACACAAGUUGCAAAGAUAACCCUGCAUGGUAAUGAGGUCUGCUGCAAACAAUGUUGUUGUUUUAUAGAUAUGUAUUUGUCAGUGUCGGACCUGAGUUGGAGGAAAUGAAUGUUUAUGCAUUCCUGUCACAUGGACCUGAUUUGACCGAGCAAAUAUAUAAACUAUUAAAACGUGAGCUUAAUUAAAAUUGUGACACAGGCCAUCACUCACUUUGUGUGUCCUGCUCCUAAUUGUCUAACUAGACUUAAAGGGAUAUUCCAGCAUUAAAUUAAUUUAGGGUCAAACACACCAUAACACAGAGUUAGACACCCCCUUGAGAGAUGAAUGUUGCUGAUCACUUGCUUCUCUAGUUAUACCAACUUUAGUAAUGACCGCACGAUAGAAAUACACAGUGGUCUGAGGAGCCAUAAACAAACCUCAACCAAAAAGCCACUCUAUUGCCACAAAUAAUGCUCAGAACAGCACCUAACUUCAUCAACAGUACAUAGAGGGUCCCAGCCACAGUGCUAGCCACCAAACAUCCUUUUAGCUUUGGCAAAUUUCUUUGGCAAAGAGAUUAAACACAACUCACUUACUCUCUUCCAGCAGCCGCUUGUUUGUAGCGAGACCUCGGACCAGUCCAUUACGGACUGCUGCGGGGUGACGCAGCUCAAGGAAGAACAUAUAUGAUUAUGUUUUGUGUGUUUCCUAAAUCUUUUCCAUUCUCUUCAUUUCCCUCUUUUUUAACCAAGAGAGCUCAUCCUAUGUGACCAUGGUCUUUGUCUUUCCAGUUUAUAAUAUAAAGGCAUUGUAUAUAAGUGGCUGUCCCAUGCUUCACUAUGCACCAGCUUAUUAUGCUGUGCACAAAUUCCCCAUCCUCCACCUCUCCACCUUUGGAAACCUAUACUAACUGUAGAGCGCCCAGUUUCAGCACAGAGCCCUAUUUUGAACAGCCUGUCUGUUGAAAAGCUGCACAUGUAGUGCUGCAUUGUGUGGAUGCAGAGGCCACCACUCCAUCUUCCAAUGAAAAACAUUCUAGAAAACCAGCGCAGUCCAUUUGGCCUUUGACACCAUCAGUGUUUUCAGAGUCGCCAAAGAGACGGUAUUGUACCUGUGAGCCUCCUCGUAUAUUUGUCCUGCAGAGGUUUUUUACUACUGCAAAGCUAAACCUGAUGGAGUCAUGAAUUGACAGGCUCAUGAGCUUUGUGUUGGUUGCCUGACCUUUAACCUGUGAUAACACUGGAUUUGAGGUGGCAUCCUAUUUCAGAGCAAGUUCAUUCAGCUCUGUAACUUACAGUCUAUUAGAAAUAGCAGAUUUAUUCAGAUUUCAAAACAAAAGCGAGAUUGUACAAUACAGGAAAUCAAACAAAUACAUUUUAUUUGAACAGGUUACUUCAUUUCUUUGAGUGCAAAAAAGGCAGGACAGACUUUUUCACUGUGUUAAAGCACACCCAAACUUUGCAUUAUUUCUUGUAAGUGAAAAGUCACAGUCUGAGUCCAGAGUUGAAGAUUUGAAGGCUGCUUUGAGUUUUUUUUUGUCCACAGUCAGCAUUCGAGCACUGGCUCUGUGUAUUACAAAGAGGGCUUUCUGCAAACCCAAGUGUGGGCUGUAGGCUGUCCUAGUCACAAGUUGGAAACCAUCAUGACAUCCUUACAAUCUGUUUCUCACUUGGCAGAGGAAACAGUGUUUUUUUUAACAUGUCAGUACUUUUUGGGUGGGCUUAGACCCCUUUUUGCCCAUAGCUGCUGCAAGCCCAGGUUGUAACCCAUAACCACCGGCUGACACCUGCAGACAAAAAACAGACACAGUACGAUGAAACUGAAAAAAAGGAGGUUUGGAUAUACAAUCCAUUUUUCUUUUACAAGAUUUUAAUAUCUCCAUGGCAACUGGUUCAACUACAAUCAGUCAAAACAUGCGUGUUAAGCAUUUUAUUAUGUUUGGGCUUUUAAACUGAUCAUAACUAUGUUUGCUCUACAAAAACUAAGCUAGUGUUGCGCAACUCUUUGGCAGAGCUUCACCCUCCCUCCCUGUUUGCCUCCUGUCUUCUCUCUCUCUCUCUCUGAUCAGGCCUAAGUCUGUUUAAAAUAGCUACAGGUUGUAAGGCUGGAGCUCCUACAGACCUAUAGACCUAGUUCAGGAGCCACACAGAAGCAACCUCCCGGCCAAAGGGGAGAAGAGAGGAAAAUCAGCUGUAUGCAUGUCUCCCUCUGAACCACUUUUCAAGAAUGCUGAGUGUUUUGUAUUUCCUACACACGAUUUUCCAGGUAAGUCUUCUCAUUCCUGAAAACUUUGGUUUAUUUUGAGUUGACAUUCCAGGCUAGGGAUCAAUCACAGCUAUCAUUUAUUUGUGACGACUUUGACAGGUCAAUAGUUGGAGACUUUCAAAACAGUCAAGUCUUGUUGGCGUGAAUUGUCGGCUUCAUUGGAUGCUGUGGUACGGCUCUAUAAUGAUCUUGUCUCAUGAGUUUGACUCAUCCAGGAGGCCUCUAGAGACCCUCAUCCCUGUCAGUUCUCAGUUGUACUUGAGAUAUCUGCGAUACAGCAAUGCUAACAUAGUGGAGUUAAAUGUAAGAAGUCAAACGGACAUGAAGGCAUUAUCAGCUUUUCUUUGGUUGGAGGCUUUGUAAGUAGUUUGAAUACUUUAUCUGUCAGAGCAUCUGCUGCUUCCCAUCUGCUGCAGCCUGAACGCUAAACAACAAAACAAACAUCAAAACAAACAAACAGUAGCAACAGAACUCAGUGCAACUGUAAAGAAAUACCUCACCUAAUGAAAAACACGAUUCAUUUACACUUCACUUGGAUAUAACAUUUUCCUUUCACUUUAUUCUGGAUUCCUGAGAGUUAUUGUUUGACAGCAGCAGCUAAACUCUGGAUAACUAGAUUAUGUUCAAUGUGUUUAAUACUUUAGGCAUAACAGUCUCAAAUCUAUGCUUUUGCAGCUGAUACGUGUUUUGGCAGAAGUAUCUGAAAAUGUUAGUGACAUUUGUUCAUGUCCAAUAGUUCAUGGACUUGGUAGCUGCAUUAAUGAUGCACCUUUUGAAGGUCUUGUUCCAGAUUUUCAUGCUGGCUGGCUUGACAGUCAAGUGUAAGUACAAUUCAACAAGAAACAAUGUAAACCAGAGGGAGACAGAAAGGGAUGUGUCAGCCCUUUAAGACUUCGAUAAUGAAUUCUGUGGUUGGUCUCUGUGUUGCAUUCCUCUGCAAUAAUAUGGAGUGAUAUCUCAUUUGCUAAACUGACACAUCCUAAAAUUUAUAUCUGAUCAUAGACAUAUUGAGAGUAUCACAGAUUCUUCUCUAGAAACAAGCCAAAAUCAAAACAUCUGACUUGUCUUUACCAAAAUUUGCCUUUGAAAACUUAUAAUACUUACACUUUGGCAGAAGUUUUUGCAUAGAAACAAUCUUAUUUGAACAUUUAAUUAGGUUUUUUACCGGUUCUGAAGACACAUUUGCUUGUCAAAGUUUUUGGAUGAUAAGAUUGAGUGGCAGCUUUGGACAACAGCAGUAGAACCGUACUUCUUGGACUGGAUAAACUGGGGCACAGACUUUUUUAGUGGUGUCCAGGUGCUGCAAACAUUAGAGGCUUAGGCCAAACUUAGGAGGGUUACCAACACUUAUCACAGCUACUUUAGCGUCAUAUUCUUGUACUGCACGGGUAACAAAUGGACAGAUCAACCCAGCAGUGGCUUGGUGGCUGUCUAGCAUGAGUGUGGUCCUACCCAAGGUUUCUGCCUGUUGAAAGGAAGUUUUCCCUUGCCACUGUUACUGAUGUUUGAUGAGAUGGGCCAAAUCCCAUCUUAGGUUGGGUCUUGAUAAUUCAUCAAACAAUGAGCAUGGUCUAGACCUGCUCUUUUUCUUUGUAUAGUGUCUUGGGAUGACGACUGUUGUGAAUUGGCGCUAUAUUUGAUUGAUUGAUUGAUUGAUUGAUUGAAAUGGAGGGGCACUAUUCACUUUGGUUAUCUCCAUCUUUGAGGACCCAAAAAGGUAUCAGCCCAAAGUCACCAUUUAAGGACCAACAAAGGACCAAAGAAGCUUUGGGCAGCUUGCUGAAACACAACCCAAUCAUGGUUUAGGAUUUCAGAGUUGUAACAGGGGUCAAUCAGGUUCCAGCUCCCUUACUGUCGCCCAAACCAGCCCCCUAAGUACAGCUAAUGAAAUAGUGUGACAGGCAGCAUAAAAGGCAUGUUGCAGUUGUUGGAUUGAGUCAGUGAAGUUGUAUUAUGUAAGAGCCAGUGGUUUGGGAGUUGGACCCUUAAUGUUGGCCCAAAGACAAUGCCAUCAGUGAGCCUUCGACUAUUGUUUGAUUAUGAUGUAAAAGCUUCUUGGACUAAUCCGGUAAAGUAUUCAAAAGAAAUCUCUGUCUAGAACUGACCCGAAGGUUAGCAUAGAGGCCACUGAUCAGUACAAAACAAUCAGUACAUUUUGUGGUUUGGGGGCUCAUACCACUUAAAUGUGAUUCAGACAUGAAGUAUGUGAGUGCAGCUAAGAGAAGGAGUCCAGAAAGUGAUCCACACCCUCUGCUGCUUGCCAUCUGAUUUUUCAAUCAUGUAAAUUUGGUGGAGUCUUUGAGGAGAAGCUGUGGCAAUAGACUGUUUAAAUUGCAUUACCAACCAAGUCAUUAAUAUUUGACAGAAGACUUUUUCAGCACUAAUUAAAGUAACAUAAAUUAAAUGAAGUGCUUCUUAUACGAUAAUAGAGGACAAUAAUCACACAAUAUUUUUACCCUAUUGUCAAUUUGACUCUGCAAAACUUGUUUUUGGUCAUCGUGCCAUUUUACAAUAUCUUAAAUCUGUGCAUGGACAAUAGAAUUUGGUUCAAGUAGUUAUGGUUAAAAAUGCACAGGUCAAUCACGAGUCUGACUGACUGAAAGUGAGACAUGCUAAUCUUUCAUCCCACCCCCAAACCUCAACAGGAAACUCCCUACAGAGGCACAGAUCAGAAUAGGAGAGGCACAGCAGAAUAGGAUGACAUCCUCUUCAAAAGGUCAAAUCAGAGGCUCAAGUUUGAUUUCCAGCUUCACUUUGUUUACAUGGAUACUCAAAAACUGAAGAGCAGUCCUGCAGUCUUAUUAUAAAGCUCUGUGCCCAUACUUGCCAUGGUAACCCUGCACUCCUCUGUCUCUAACUCUUGACCCAAAUGAGCACAGAAAGCCUUCUUUCACAAAUUACAAUAAUGCCACAAUCAUUAAUUACACCAGAGAGGAGACAAAAAUAUGGACUUUUUCCAUCAGAAAACUGUGAUGCUUGCCUCUUUAGGUAUUGUAUCUCUAUAGUCGAAGCACACAAACAAACUCUGUGAACUCUACAUAUUUAAAGACGGUGAUCCAGUAGAUUGAAUGGAGUUAAACACACCUGGGAAAUAUUUACCCAAACACAUUCAUAAUUUCUUGACAGUUUCUAGAGAUUAAGUAAAAUAAAAUGAAAGUGUUUGUACUCAAACACUAGCAAGGUAAUUUAUGUAACUUUUGUCUAUUUUUGCCAUAUUUCUGCAUUUUCAGCCAAACAGCCUUUUUAGAAAGCAUAAAAUCACAUAAACAGAGUAUUGACAGAUUUCUAACAGUACCCAAAAUGAUUCCUAAACAUGGAUUAAUCUAUUUUCCAUUAAGUGUACACACUUUAAAUCAGCACAUUGUUUUCAUUAUGUAAAGUAGCCAUUGAAGUGGCACACAGGAGAGGAGUAAACUCAUGUGGUCACCAGUGUGAAGCAUAACCUCUCUUUUUUAAGUGUGCGCUUAGACUUCUCGGCAAGAGGUGCUCCCCAGAUGUUUGGUUAAGAUUGUGAUUUAUUAAAGAUUUAGGAUUCAUUAUUUCCUCUACGAAUUUGCAGUUAUAUACAAGAUGAGAUGCUGUUUUCUCAGUCCACAGCAGUGCUGCAUAAAGACAGCAAAGCAUAAAACAAUAUCUUGAACAACCUCCUUCAAAAACAAAACCUAGAUUGUCACCACCUGCAGUGAUCCCUCCAGCAGAAAUGAUGAGUGCAUCCCCUCAUUAAAAGAAGUAUAAUUCACAUUUAUGCAGGAUACAUUCAAUCUAAAACUACCGAAGUCAUGUAGACUAUAGCUCUGAGUCCACUUCCACAAACUAAUAUUUAUUGGAGCCAGCGCAGAACUUAUAAAUUGUAGGACUGAAGAAAAUUUAAACAACUUCUCCUUUCCCAGAAUGCCUCAUGGUUUUAGAAGAUAGAGGGCGACACCAGAUUACCACAGGCAUUAUAGGAGAGCAGUGCUGUCCAGUCUGUCACUUCUUCCUGUGCCAAACGGUCGACCAGGAUGAGGCUUGGGUUUAACUACAACUUCUGAACAAGUGAUCAGGGAUUCCAUCUCAUAUAACAGUGUGAAGUUAAGAGUUGAUUUGUACCACCUUGUACUCAGCACUUUGAAUUUUUCCUGUUUUCUUUUCCUUUGUAAGCCUUAUGCUUAAAUGUUGUAUGUUGGCGGUUUUAAAGGAUUAAAAGCAAAAAAAAAAUGUACCUGCAAGGUCCUUAUUCAUCUGUACAAUGGUAAUCCUGAUAAGGUGACUUGUCAGGGUACAUGAAGAUGUUUGGCCUCUCAUCUGAAAGUUUGGUUAACAUGUAGGGAGCCUUUUAGAUAAGAGGAUAAACCUUUUCAAAACCUCACUUUACCAUUGUCUGAACAAAUCUGAGCCUUCACAGACAUGAUUUUCAAGUUUUGUUGCACUGUUUUAUCUGUUCAUCAGUGGAGUUCAUAGUCAUAGCUUUCAUUGGGCUUUAAAGCUGCUGUGGGUAACAUUAUCUGUGGAAAGUUUUGGUCAAGAAAGCAAAACUUGAUCAUGGCUACUGACAGCAUUACAGCACAUAACCAUACUGAUAUCUUUAUAUGUGCCUGAUCUGUGUUUUUGAGCACUCGAAUCAAGUCUGAUCAAGUCUGAAUGAAACAGCUGAUCAGGGUUAAGCUCUUCUCAACUCUAUCCUCUGCCUGCUUGUCUGAAUUAAAAUGUUCGGGGCUCAAUCCCAGGGCUGUCCACUUACCGCAGUGCUCUUUGGCAAGACACUUGACCCGGCUGUGCCCAGUGGUGUGUGAAUGUAAUUAGUCAAGAACUGAUGGGCUCUAUACAGAGCAGUAUUUGCCAUCAGUGUGUGAAUGGGUGAGUGGGACAUGAAGUGUGAAAGCACCCUGAGUGGUCAGAAGACUAAAGGAAGUCUUUUAAAACUUUGGCACAUGAGACACUAUUGACCAUGAAAGUGACAUAGACAGACAGAAGUUGUAGUGUUGUAUCGUUUCAAAGCAGGAGGCAUCAAGAAGUAUUCAAAUAUUUUAACACCGCUUGUGGAGAACUUAGUCAUUUAUUUUGGUUGAAGUAUAACUAGAAUAAUUUUCCUACACUUCAGACCUAACUGUUGAACAGAAAGCCAGUGAAGAGUUAAAAAUCACAGAGUAAUUCGAUAAUGCUUUCUGCAACAGAAAGAACUCUUGCCAAGGAAAUCUGCUGGAGCUUUAGUCCUGCUGCUGCAUGUUUAGACAAUUUUAUGAAAGGUGCUAAUUGCAAAGAGUAAUCUGUUCAACAAGAGCACGGAUCUGCAGCAGGGAACACUUGUUAAAGCAGAUAUCUUCGGUACAUGCUCCUCAAACAGCAGGCUUUGACUCAAUCCCUCCCUGGCUCCAGCAGUUUUGGUGCCCCUCUCCUCACACUAUUACCACUCCAUCACCACAUGGAUACGUGACAGCAUUUCGUGAAUUUCCCAUCAUUUCUUUUUCUCUUCCUAAUGUGAUUUGUUUGGAAAAGUGUGUGAGAGUGAGCAAAGAGUUGAUGAGAGUUUAACACAGUAAAAAAGUGAAACAUCAUAGCUGUAGAUUUAAUAUUGUUCCUAGGGUCCUAGUAAGUACCCUGCUGCCCUAGAGACUACUGGAUCCUUUGCCUUGAAUAGACACAGCAUCAGAAACCAUCUGCAGUAGCACAGGUUUCUAUGUGAAUCACCACCAUUUAAAACACUGCACAACUCUGAGUGAGCUCAGUGAUGUUGGAUUAACAUGAGUUGUGCAGCAGCUCAGCUUUUCUGGCUGAAAGCGUGAUCAAAUGAAACAGUCAGAUCAAACGUGAUCAAACUGGUGAAAAAGGCUCUGUGGUUGGAUUCAAGCUGGACUCAGCUGAGGAUGUGGUGGAGAGAUCUACACUGAGGAAGGUGGAGAAUAUUCUAAAGAACAUGGAUCACCCACUUCACAACACCUUGAUGGACCAAAGGACCAAUGGUGGUGGACGGCUCCUCUCUCUUCACUGCAGGAAAGAAAGAUUCAGAAGAUCUUUUGUACCCACAGCCAUCAGACUGUACAACUUUUCUGUAAAUAGUAGAUAACUUUUAGAGACGUAACAAAUGAGACGACAGUCAAUUGAAUUUCCCUUCGGGGAUCAAUAAAGUUCUCAUUCUUCUUAUUCUUAGCUACAAUGCAAAUUGCUUAUUACAAUCAAUAUCUAGUAUCUAUUUUUUUUAUAAGAAAUCAGGAAAAAUGUGUUUGUAUGGGUCAAGCUUAAAUAAUGCAUGCUUGAGUCAGACAAGAUCAGACAUGUCUCAAUGAAAAACCACCUGUUGCUGAUGAUUUUUGUUAAUCGUUUUGGCCCGUAUUUGGAAAGAGUCUUUUUACUCUCUUGUUUAAGUAUCACAGCAGCUUGAUGGUGGAUCAAAACUCUAUAGCAUGUUUGCAAAAGACAAUGAGACACUAAAACACUUCAUUUACUUUUCAAAACCUAGUUUUUCUGUCAGUUAUUUUUUCAAGUUUCACCAAAAUGAAAAAAGAGGAGAUCCUGUUUCUGACGCUGAUCUGCUGGUCUUUAAUUUGCUCCCAUAGACUGUAUAUACUAUGGACAACUUGGUUCCGUCUCCCACCUGCAUACAGAUUUGAAGCCAAAAAAGCUCAUGGUAUUUCCACGAUUUUUCUUAAUUUCUUGAAACCAGCAUUACGCAGUAGCAUUUUACGCAUUCGGCGGGAGAGUCUUAGAGAGUCACUGUGAUGACGCUCGGCUCAAACAGCAUAUCCCACGGGUGAGCUACGCAAUUGCUGAACGCCAAUGGGCUGUAUCAGGUGUCAAUCAUAGAAAACAUGAACCCCCUAAUAACUUUUAAAAACAGCUUCACAGAAAAAAAGAGGACUUGUGCAUAAACUAGUCUUAACAGGGGAAAAAAAAAAUUAUGUUCAGUGUAAUAAAUUUCUUAAGUUUGUCCACAACUCCAUAGGUAUUGCUGGAGAAGGCGGGAUUUAUGAUCUAUACUGCAGCCCAUCAACAGAGGGUGCUGUUCUCGGAGUGGCUUCACCCAGCAAGGAGGCAAUCGCUGUCCAUUCUAUAUACAGUCUAUGGUUUCUCCACCUUUAGAAAGAAAAGCACAAAAUUAUACAUCAAUAUGCUGUCAAAUUUGAGCCAAAGUGACCAAUUUGAAUCACAUUUAAUCGAGAAAGUCACUUUAUUUACUCUAAAGUGAUAAUGAAAGUUGGAAGCAAAAUCAGUUUUAGUGUAUGACUAACUCUUCAUCAUUGGGAACAUGUUGUAAUCACAACAUAGACUCCUCCCCCUAUUUUGGCACUCAGCUUAGAUUCCAGCAUUUGAUAUAACAAAAGAUCCGAUCUCGUGGCCAGUACAUCCAGUGUAAUGGUACACUCUGAAGAGUUUGUAUAGUCCAGGUAGAAAGAAACAAGCUAUGGUUUCUGUGGAGGACCUGCUGGACAGGAUGAUUAAGUCUGAAAGAAGUCACAUGCGAUCUUGCCCCGUUCUUUCCCACACUGUGCUAUUGGUAUUCCGACCCAGAUCUCUGAGGCCUGUUUUGCCUUCCUUUGUGCUGUGUUUCCAUGGUAGUGUCCUCUGGAGGGGAGAAAAGCUUGGUUAAAGUAAAAAGGGGUGGGGGUGUGAGUUUGUGUGUGCCACUGUGCGCAUGUGUACUUGCAUACAUGUCAAAAAGCUGACCUCGCUGUUGUAACACGCACUGAGAGUGCAGGAGGGAGACUUGUUCACUGUUGGUCAAGUACUUUUUUUAAAUAGAUUAUUAAAAGCAUCAAUUAAGCAUUAAGUGAACAUGCAGGUGCUGGUACUGUAAGACAGGACAAAAAAGUUUGGACUUGACUCACACAUCUACUAUGGUUACCCACUUUAAUGUGCAUUCAUCUGUCAUAAAGUAGAUCAUUGAAAAGAUCAAAGGUUUAUUUGAAAUCAAACUGAUUGUGAAUGGUUUGAAGAGAAGUCAGGUUCAGCUUCAGGCACAAUGAGGAGAAAGUUUGACUCCAGAAUGGGAAUUAUAAUGUCAGGGGGAGAAGAAAGAGUAGCCUUGUGUUUAACAUGCACUUGUGUGUUCAUGCAAACACUGGUGUGUUAAUAAGGCUGUGAUGUGUGUAUGUGGGGAGCCCUGGCGGCACAAUAGUUAGCUGUUCCCAGUGCGGCUGCAGCACCCACGUCCACAUUUUUUCAUGCUGGGUGUGGCAGGAACUCAAGGUCAUCAAGAUGAUGGUGGGAUGCCAAGGCAACUUUCGGUUCUGGACUCAAGGAGACGGGAGAGAUCUGGGAGCGAAACCUGAAAACCUCUUAUUAAACGAAUCAAAGAUAGGCAUUCUGUGUUUUAUAUUUAAUGAUGGGUAAAUUCCAGUCUGCAUGUCUCAGUCAAGGAGAAACCAUUCACUGUAAGUUCAUUUGAGAUUGUCGUAUUGUUUCUAUUUGAAAUGUCUAACUUUAAGCGUAUUCUCUGCUUUUAAAUCAAGCUCCCUUACGAUGCUGAAAGUUUUGUUUAAUCUGUGUCACUAGCCCAUGAUGGUUCUUCAAAUUAAGCAGAAAGUCAGCAUGGUCCUCCUCUUCAUACAGAUUUAGAUGCUAAUAGUAAACACUUUUUGUUCCUGUGAAUUAAGCUGCAUCCCAACAUGAGCAGUGACGAACGGUGAACAACCUGUCCACCGCCUAACUGUACCACAUGUUUUUCAGGUAUUUCUGACGGUAGAGGCAUUUGUGAGAUUGUCAAAACCCUCAGUUUAUUUUCAAGGCCGACUAGUCCUGCCACACUAGGACUUCUGUACCAGGCCAUAAUUGUCCUAAAAUCAUGAAGUCUGACCUCUGCAUCUAACCCAGUAGUUCUCAAGUCCAGUCCUUGAGGCCCACUGUUCUGCAUGUUUUGGAUGUUUCCCUGCUCCAACACACCUGAUUCAAAUGAUCAGCUCGUUAUUAACUCAUUACAGAGCUUGAUAACGAGCUGAUCAUUUGAAUCAGGUGUGUUGGAGCAGGGAAACAUCCAAAACAUGUAGGACAGUGGGCCUCGAGGACUGGACUUGAGAAUCACUGAUCUAACCAACCAGAGGGUGUAGGGGAGACCGGGGUUUGUCGUCACACUUUUUACACUCUUAUAUAUUUCUCAGAAUCAAUAAAUCAUAUGUAAACAAAAUGUUUACCACAGGAAAGACCAGAGUCUAAGGUGUUUAUUUUGUAUCAUGUCAUUUUCAUAUCUUGUGUCAGUGUAGAGUUAAAAGCAAUCAAAUAGAGAGUGUUAACAUGUGACAUGUUGCCCCACCAUCAGGUAAGUUGUCUCACUACAUGUGGUAAGAUGUCACAGUGGAUUUUGCAGCUAAUAAAACAAGGACAAAAUUAUUGUUGUCCUCAUUUUUUUACUUAAAAGUGAACAUCAAAGUCAGACACAAAAAAUGUUUAUCAUUGAGUUAGAAAAAGUCAUUGAACAAACGUUGACAUAAAAUAUUAUCAAACAUGCUCUGGAGUUUGGAGAGCUGUCUGACCCUGUGUUUUGGCUGGGGUGAAUGUUUUGUAUUACUGAGCCAAGCUAUGGUAGUUGACAUUAAAGUCCUUUAUUGUACUCCAGAUUGAUUCAUUAGCUUGGGUCACCUGCCUGACUGCCCUCAGCAUCAUAUCAGGAACUGCACUGCUAUGUUUAGUUUUUCUUUUUUAAUUCCUGACCAUGUCUUCUCACUUUUUCCUCUCCUUUAAACCUCUCUUUUUCGGUAAAUGUAAAGUCGAAAUUUCAUUAUGAAAACUGCUGAUAAACACACUCUAUGUUAAUUUGAAUUCCUUUUAAACAUGUGACAACUAACCCCAAAAUGACUGAGACAAGUUUCCCCAAAUUACCAUGUUUCCUAAUUCUAGCUCUAGCUUAAAGUUAGCUUAAAACAGAAGAAUGACUGAGGUAUGACAGGAUGCCUUAAUCUCUCCUCUAACAAGUCCACAUGUACCACUGCUAGGAUUUUUAUCUGGAUGAAGCUUAUUUUAAAAUGUAUAAAGUACAUUUUUUCACUUUGGGUUGUGCAAAAUGGUUAAUUGGCGUUCCUCUCAGCUCACAAUGUGCUCUACUCUUCUCAGACAGGACUCAACCCCUGACUGUGUAAAGGAAGAAAACUAGUAUUUUUACCACUUUUUAGUUGCGCCCUCUGGUGGUAAAGAUGAUUGCAAUGUGACAACUUACCCAUGUGACAACAAACCCCGGUCUCCCCUAUUAAAUAUAGAAUAUUCAAAUUGCUGUUACUUUUAGCAGACAUGAUCCUUAAAAAAUCCCCAGCCUCAGCCUAAUGAUGAGAUUUUUUUUAUUUUUCCUGGACUUCCUUGUACUCCUUUUUUCCCUCGGCUCAGUUGAAUCAGAAUUUAAAAAUUGUGAACUGGACUGUGGCCCUAAUGUGUUUUCUGAGACUUUUUACUUGCACAACCAAGUAAAGGCUUUUUUCUCAGUAGGCUGCAGCUCCAGAUUUGGUCUCUGUUAGUCCUAGCUAGCAUGUCUCUGCCUGCUACAAGGAUAAUAACAUGGGCCAUGUGUUUGCUUGGGUAACUGCACUGAGAAGGUGGAGUGUUGUUCUACCACCAGCCAGUCCACUAUAUGCUAGAAAGGGAGCUCUGCUAAGCCUUUAAGCUGCUUUAAGACACUCAACUAUAAUUAAUUAGCAGAAAAUAACACUGGCCACUCUGUGAAUGGAUCAACCAAUGAUUGGAGUUUUUUGAUCUUGGUCCCGCCCCUUAAGCUGAGGGGUGGUUUGUAUUGGUGUUGAACUGAUCAGUGGGGGAUGUUACACACAUCUCCCAUGUUCAUAGGGUUAGGGUUAGCAUCAGCUUUCAAUAUUCUGUCAUUACAAAUAAAGAGGUUUCAUUUUUGUCUUCUAGCUGCCCGGAAUAAACAGUUCAAUCUGCAAAUGGCAUUAUCAGAGUUUAAACUGCAGCCUCAUGCUAUCUUCUUCAAGCAUUUGAGUCAAAGGGUUUGUAAUAGUGUACAUAUACUAAAUAAAGAGUCCUACACAAUGGCAUUGUUGAACCAAUUAGAGCCCAUAGAUUCUCAUUAAAUGUCACUUGGAUGAGCUUACUUUUGCUUGCCCUUAAAUUGAGUUGUCAUGCGACCUACACUGCCUUGAGUGUCAGUCUUGUAUUUAUAGCCAGGCUUCUUAAUGUCUUCCCUUGUUAUUGAGACACAGAGUUCACUGGGAACCUGCUGUGUUGAGGGCGGAUUAACUCAUAGCUGCAGUAGAAGAUCCACUCCUUUGACAUGCGGUGAAAUGGGAAGGGCUUCUUGUUGUGUUCCAUAUAUUGCAGGUGGAUAAAACAGGGAUGGAUCUGUUAUUUAUGACUUGGCUCUUUGCACUAAUAACAACAAUGGAGGGAAAAGAAGAAGGAAAACAAAUGCAAUGGGAAGCUUGAGGAUGUAGCACACGGAAGUGGAGAGCUUGUGAGUGUGGUUAUGUAUGUGAGGGACACCAUGGGAGCAGUGUUUAGCUGGUUUGCUGCUCGCCUUCAUACUCUGGUGCUGGACACAACCGAUGCAUUGAAGCACCUGAAAGUAAGUGAAAUCUGAAAUGUUGAAAUCAUUUCUUGGUGCAUCUUAGAAACCUGUUUUUAGCUGCAGCAGUACUGGUAGGAAAAAAAGGUUAUGUUUGAUUAUACAUUUGCUUUUUAAAUGCAUGAUUAACAAGUAUUAAUGCAUGAAUACUUAAGGCUGGUGAAGUCUGAGGACGAGUACCAACUUUGCUCCAAUACCAAAGAGAACUAAUACUGGCAACGGUACAAGGAACCUUCUUAACAAGUGCUUUAUCCAAUGCAGAGGUUUACAUUUAUAAAUGAACUCAAUGCCACAACAUGAGUAUUUCAUAUGAUGUCCUUCACUACUGGAGUCUUAAUUUGUCUACAUCUACAGUCUUUCCUUAGACACAUAAUUAAUUCUGUGCUAGACUGUUUGUUUUUCUCUUUUAUUGAUUUUAUGGACAUUUUUCUCUGUUCAUAGUUUCUUUAAAAAACAAUAUACUUUAUGGUCUGCAUCUCACCUAUUGCCAGGGCUGGACUGAGACAAAACUUAGUUCACUUGGUCCAUAUUCGCCCAAUGUCAUUGUUAGCUCAUGCAGUGCAGCUUCACCCUCCAUGCGCACUCUGUCCCACUUGCUUUCUGCAGAUGUUAUUCUGCUCUGUCAGCUACGGAUGAUGAGAAUUCAUCAUGUCACUGAUAAAAAGCCUCAUCAGCACUCAGACCUGCUGUCAUUCGAAUGAGUGAAAGUUUCUGAAACAUGAGUUGUGUUGUUAAGAUGACUUUAUAAAUUGAACUGCUGAUAUAUAUUGACAAUAGAGUGGGCACAUACAGGUAGAAAGAGGGGGAGAGACGGGGUGGGGAGGCCACUGUGUGGAAAGGACAGGGUUUGUGUGUGCAUGUGUCUGUGUGUGUUUGUGGAAAACUGAAGAGAAGAAAAACAGCCUGAUUUUUUUUCUUUUUUUUUUGAGUCAGCUGUCUGUACUUAAACAUUAAUAAGAUUAUCCAGUCAGGUUUGUCUCAGCCCAUACAGUUUUGAGGACUGUUUAUAUUGGUGGUGCCUCAUUUAAUGGUUUUGGAGAUUUGCAGUUGCCUACUUUCACAAUAGUCCAUCUCCAUGAAGUAAAACCUUGCAUAUGACUUUGCUUUAGUCCAGCUCUACUCAGCCUCUGAAGUUUGUGCUUUCACUAAGUUGCUGCUUUUAGCUAAGCACCUUUGUGUAUUUUUGUGUUUGCUUUAAAAUACCAGCACCAUGUGUCCAGACUUUGUUGGAUUGUUCUCGAAAAAGAAGGAAAGGGGUGCAAUAAAAAUCAGACUCAGGGUUUUCUUCUUUGUAGGCUUAUCAUUUAAUUAAAAACUGAUUGGAAUAUACAAAAUCUAUAUUCUUACCCAGCCCUAUAAUUACUACUGUGGAUGCAGCUGUAUGUGUGCGACAGUUGAGUCCAAUGCAGAUUAAGCCGUGAAGGUGACGGAACGUAACGUAGCAAAUCACAUCCUACCAUAUUGUUUUGUAUUAUAACAUAUCACAUCAUCGCAUAUUGUACUGUAUCAGAUUGUAUUAUAUUAGGUCAUAUGGUAUUGAUUGUAUCCUGUUAUAUUGUCACUUUAUACAGUAUGCUAUUGUAAUUUUUUUUAUAUUUUUAAAAAUCACUUGUCUUAUGUUUAACCCUAUUUGCCUAAAAGUGCAAUUACUCCAAUUGGCCCCAAUUUACUACUAAUUGCUCUUGUUUAGAAGCCAAAAUGAUAAAAUAAAUAACACCCUAAAACCAUAUAAAACAAUUUUGAAUGAAGAGUCAAUUCGACUGAUUAAAAUCAUGAUCAUUAGAUAAUUCAAUGCUUUAAAUUUCAUUGAGUGGGUUUUAUUCCUGUAUGUUCACACCUGUUUAGAAAUUCUGUUGAAAAAAUGUAGCAGGACCUGCUCCAUUAAUGACAUACAGCUGCUGUGGAUAAAAGUGGAUUGGGGCAGUCAAUGGCCUCUACUUGAUUAACUGCUGUUAAAUACAUUUGGUGUGUAACUUAUAUUACUAUUAACUAUUGUAAAUUAGAUUUCAACAUCUUACAUGUUUUUAUCUGGGGGAUCACUCCUAGAGUAAUUGUAUCAGAGCAAGCUGUAAGAUUUUAGCAUCGUCUCACACCCUUGUUAUUACUCCAAUUUUAAUUCUAACCAUCUCUUCUUUACCGUCUCUUUACAGCCCCAGGCAGCCCUCAAAGACUGCCCCCACACUGAUGAGAUAUGCUCAGUGGAACGAGAUUUGAGUGCUGGAUCACUGGAGUGGUGUGAGAGGGGCAUCGGGGAGGCUGACACAUCGGAUGAAUAUUUUGACUUCCGCUCUUGCCACAGUGACACCCUGUCGGAUUUGAGUCCCGACGAGGAGGACUCCGCGGAUACCGUUCUGGGAUUGGAGGAUGCCUAUGUCGGCCGAUCAGUAUUGGACAGCAGUUUCCACACGUGUCAGAGCAAAGCUAAGCGGAGAGAGUCAGUGACAGACAGGGACUGUCACAAAGAUGCAGAGACUUGUUUUGAACAAUUCACAUGUAGUUUGAGGAAAAGCCCAGAGAACAAUGUGGAACCUGAUUUUCUUUGCCCUGAGAUCCAGCCCCAUCAAAAAACUGAGAACCUAAAAUUAGACUUGGACCACAAGCAGCCCUGUAUACAGACCAUUUCCACUGACACUCAAGUGAAGGGAAACACGGAGCCAUGCUGCUUACUUGCACAAAGCCAAGAAAACACUGAAACCUUUGACACAGAGGUGAAUUGUACACAAGACACUGAGGAAGUGAAGUUACCUGCACUGCUUGAAGUAAGCAAAACCAACAGAUGUAACGCAUCUACAGACUCAGACACAUGUAUGAUACAGAUAGAGUCUGGAGAAGACAAGACUGCGGAGAUACGACAACAGUAUUGCAAACACGUGGAGAAGUUACAGACAGGACUCAAAAAGAAAAAGACAGCUGGGAACACAGGGGGAGACAGAUUAGAAAUCUGCCAUUUUAACGCUGAGGUGUUCAGAACUUUCUCUUGGGAGGACAACACAGAUCUAGAUGAAUGCAGUGACAACUGUAAAGAUAGAUUUCUCAGAAGAAUAAAGGUAGAACCUCAGGAUUUGAUCAGUGAAGACCCUGAGGUAGAGACUAGAAACGUGCACAGUAGAGACAAAAUUUAUUCAUGCAAAACUAAUAGAGAAGAUCACAAAAUAGAGUGUAACUGUAAAGAAGGAAGGUGCAUAUCGUGCAGAGCAGAUAUCACAGAUGUAGAUGCACUAACUUUUGACAGUGCUUAUGCAGAGCUUGGCUCCAAAUCUGAGACAAAAUGCCAAGACCCCCAGUUCAAAACAGAUUUUGUUGAGGCAAACACAAACAUCACAGAGAGACAUAAAGUCAAAUCAAAUGUUGUGCUACACGACACUCAGUCUAGGUUAAAGGACACUCUUGGUACACAAAGCAGUGUAUCGGCUCAUGAUGUGGAUAUUGGCUGCUCUCGAUCUCAUUGUGAGGAAAGCACAAACAAAGGGCUGUCAGACUCUCAGGUUUGUACUGCUGCAAUAAAACCCAAGGAUAAGGCAUGGGUGUCCCAAGUCUGCUUCCAAACAGAGCAGAUCGGGUGUUUUGGUGCUACAACAGAGGGAACAAAACCACCUGGGACUGUAAAUGAAAUUUGUUCCUCCAUCACAUUUUCCACAGACACAACAGCUUCUUAUCCACUGGAUACCUGUGCUGCUGAGCCGGCUGUUGCACUGCCUGACUCAGGCAGGAAGGAGUCCUCUGAGGUGCAGCAAGAGCAAAAACAAUCUCAGAGCUCAAGGUUACAAACACUGCAAGUUCCAGAUCCAACUCAAGAUUUAAUCCCUAAUCUCUUGGAUCAGGAUGCUGCUGCAAUAGAAAUAUCCACUUGUAGGCAGCUCCAUUCUUUGGAAAAGCUCACACUCUUUGGCUCUGUAGACCAAGGGCCUUGCUCAACCAAAACCCGAUCUGACACUGGUAAAGGGUUCGAUGAAUACCUGUCUCUGCAGACAUCUCCUGAGAAUUUGCUAUUGUCUGACAACCAAGGGACAGAAGGAAACACCUCUGUGGUAUUAGAGGACUUUGAAAGAGAGAGGCGGACGUUAGAAUCACCUUGCUGUCCUCUCCUGAACAGUAAGAGGCCAGAGGCAGACGGCAGCCACGGUAAUCUUGGCCAGGAAGAAAUCGUGGAAGCAGUAAGCAAAAUCAAUUUUUCACUUUCACAGCUGAACGCUACAGAGCUUUAUAAGCAGAGCGAGUCUAGAAUAAAUCCUCCUGCUCUUAGCGGUGAUUUAGCAGCCUACUCUACACAUGUGCCUAAUGAGAUACAAACAACAUAUCUCCCUGUUAAUGAAUCUGCUCAGAGCAGCUGCAGAAAAGACCAAGAUGUAGCUCAAAGUGUAAUUUCAACAAACAUAAAGACAACCGCCAGCACAUUUUCUGAUUACUGUGGACAAGUUAAUCACAAGAUUAAGAUCUCUGAAGGUCAUUGUAGCCUGCAAGCCCCUCUUUCUUUGGUCUCUGACUCCAAUAAUAACACCAGGGCCAGUUUAAAAUGUACAGAUAGAGGGAGAGAUGUAGGAUGUUCCUUAGGUGAACCCCAGAGAACCUAUAAAACUACAGGAGGAAAAGACUGCCCCCUUACUGAACCAUCAGAAAAUGUGAUAUCUGACUUUGAGGGCGUAAACAGACACCAGGUGGUUCAGUCUUCGGUGGACAAAAGGCAUAUCAGGAGCAGUGAGGACACUGGCUUUGUUAGUUGCAGUAAUCUAAGCUUAGUUGAUUCAGAUGAGUUAAAAUACUUCAAGAUUGAGAGAAGCCAAGGAGGCAACACUUGUAGAGAAAGUCAGAAGCACAAAAGUUCCAAGUCAGAAGUAAAGGAAAGCUCCAAGUCGUCAGUGUUGAGUUCAGAGAGUCAAGACCUUUCUGCGGAUGGUGAAUCUCUGGCAAACCAGUACUGUUGCAGGAAACCAGGAGAUCAUAGCUUACUUUACAGAGGAAGAAUUGGCUUAGCCCAAUCAUUCAAGGAUUACACACUGGCAGAUGAGUGGGAAGACCACACACAAGUUGGCUUGCCGGCUUCUCAGCAGGAAGUGAUGGUAGUCAGACACACACACCCCGAUGUCAGCCUCAGUCUGCUCAUUGCAAGUAGUUUAGAGCCAAUUCUUGAGGCUGAAAAUUCACUUGACAAUAAUGACAUGGCAGAUGAUGUUUCAAAAAUAGAAAGUGGAGCAGAUUACAAGAUCUCGAGGCCUGCUGAUGAAGUAAGGGAUACUGUCGACAUUACAAGUCCAAAGAGGUCACACCACCAGCAAAACGAGACGGAUUAUUUAGCCACUUCUAAUUUGGAUCCUGAGGAGACCUCUGCGGGCCAAGAGUACUAUAAACCUAGGAAUAUUGCUUACGAUGCCGUUUCUUACACCUCAGCUAGCAGCUGUGAUGAUUUAGAGGAUCCCCAGUUUGCUCCUUCAGGCAGAAGUACUAGCACUGAGAAAAUGAUCGAGAGAAGCAGGAAGAAAAGCUACCAGACUGGAAAUAGAGGCUCAAAGUUUUCUGUCUUUACUAAAAUCCCUUCAUUAAAGAAGGCAAAGGGCACAAAGGGCUCCAAGAGUGAGGAGAUGCCAAAAGAGAUAUCCGAUGUGGGAGAUGAGUGCCUUUUGACUGAGCAACAGCCGCGCAGGGACAGCACAGACAAUGACGAUUUUGGUAAAGCUGGCAUCCACAGCCAAACGGAUCACCAUGCAUUUUCCUCACUACCUUAUGUUGUAGAUGAAGAAGACCAUGGCUCCUUCCCCUCUGUCCCCGACUCUCCUCACGUCCCUGUCAGCAAUUGCAGCAGCAUAGAGGGUAAUGAAGUGCCAAGUCCAGAUAACCCCUGUGCACAGGUCCAGUCACCUAACGGACAGGCUUACAAGAGAAGCAGGAGCAAUGACAACUUAAAUAUCCGGAUGCGUUUUGCACAAGCACACAAGUCCCUUUCCAGCCUAUUUGAGUCUCGUUUAGUGGACAAAGAGAAUUGUGAGCAAGCAACUUCUGGUGCUGGUGUGGAUUUUGGUAAAGCAAAACCGUCUUGGAAGAAGCCAAAAAAGGCCAAGGAGGCUGAUUUGCUAAAAAGAGCUCUUUCAGUGCCAGAUGGAGACUGUGUCAGUAAGGCUUCAGGGUCGGAAUGCAGAGACUUUACAUCCUCUCCACUCAUGAACCGGCUCAGCAGUCAAGGGUCACCAACCUCUCUCCGGGGCCUUCGCCACACUGAUCCUAUCUCAAAGCGUGGAGUUCCACAAGUCAAAGAAAACCUCCACAAGUGUAAAUCAGAAGGCCAGCAGAGAAAAUGUUUACUAAACGGUCCCUCUUCCACAGAGUGUGUGUCUGGCCUGUCUUCAUUUUUAGGGGACGGUGUUGACUCCCCACCCAGCCAAACCAGCCCCGCCUCACCUUUGAGCCCCUGCUCACCAGCUUCCCCUGCUCACCAGAUUUCACCGUCCCACUCCAGAUACAACUUUGCGGCCAACGAAAGCUUGACUGAGAGCCCCCUACGGCCAAUGAGCCCCAAACCCAACAGCCCUCGACCUGGGGCUCAGCGCAAGAUAUAUCGUUACCCUUACUCAACAAAGGCCAGUUCUGUCUCUCCUCUUGGCCAGUCAGUCAGCGUGGAGGGCUUGACAGAUCCCCCUGAGAGACCCAAAACCCUAAAACCCUCAUCUAGCCCAAUAGGACUCAACCUCAGCCCUCCAGAUAUGGUCGAAAUCAGAACUGACUGCCAGUCACACAUCAGUCUGUAUGCCAUUGGCAACAUCAACGACUUAGAGGUAAGAAAACCUCCUGCAUGUAGUAGACAAACAGUGUAACAUCUUCAUUAAGAAACUAUUAAAUGUAUGAUUGGUUGUAAGUUGUACAUGCAUUGUUUAAUCUCUACUAUUUAAGAUUGAUAAACUCAUAUUGGACUUGAAUGAAAUGCCAGCUGUUAAUCAGUGCGUACAAAGGGGGAUGUCUGUUCAGUUUGCCAAUAUAGGCCAUCACAGCUUCACACUCAACUCCAAAUAAGUUGACACCAACAAAAUCAUUCACUUAGUGAGAUUCUUCGAGUGUGUAAACCAGUAUGGGCCCUCAAUGCCUCUCGUAUGAGUCCUUCAGUCAAAGGAAAGAACUUCGACCUUUAUUUAAGUAGCUUAUAGCUUUUAUUUCUCCAAGCCAAAAAACAGUCGAAAGCAGCUGAAAGUGUUUACUUCCGAAAACUUUAAACUCAGCUCUUUAGCCCUGUCUUUUAGAUUAGUUAAUCUCCAUGUUUUUAUUCUUAAACUACACAACAAAGCAUGUUUUUGCAUCACUCAGCUGAGAUGAUCCAUCUGUCACUCAUAACAGCCUAUCAGCACAUAUGCGCAACUUUGAUCUGAGUAUGAUAUAAAGACGUGAGUCAUUUCUCAGCCCUGAGGAGUGCUGCUUGUAGGUUACUAUUCCCAGAAGUGAUCAAAAAUGUUUUCUCUCACCCUCCACCUUUCUCAUAUUAAUCAUAGACUUUAAUUAGCAUGAAUAUAUGGAAAUUUUUGUUUAAUGUAUGCGAUGUGAAGUCCUACAACAAUGUUACCAGUAUAUCUAUGUAAAUCUUUGACUGAAUUAGGAUGGAGAACAAGUCUUGAAUUCUCUGUGGCCCUUUGUGAACUCUGUGAGGAGCACAGAAACGUCUGCCUACAGUCGAAUUUUUAGCUUUCCAUUAUGAUUUAGUUGCUGACCAACAUCCUACCUCCCUGCCAGCUCCAACAAUAGUCCACAGUCAGAAAGAGAUAACUUGAGAAGCAGCCCCCCCUUGUGGCUGUCCAACACAUUUUGGUGAAAAAAAAGGUAUCAGACUGUGAAACAGCUCUUUCAACACAGGAUUUCCCCCCCAAGUUUGACUCCCACUCAGUACACAACAUCCUGAAGUCUUGCCAGCCGUUAAGUGUUCACAUAAUCAGACAGCUUGUGCGGGUAUCUUGUGUUCUUUUGGAACAAGAUACCCACACAAACUAUUUAUCUCUCUACCUCUUUAGCUGCUUACUGUUUUUAUGAGACACAUACGUGAUGGAAAUUCCUGAUGAGCCCUUACUCCUCAAGUUGCAAUGUUUUUAUUGUGAUCUGACCAGCAAGAAGAACUGUCAAAUUUAAUAUUACUUUUAGAGGUGCUUAGAUUAGACAGCUUUAUGAUAAAAACAAGGUUUCAACAAGGUUCAUUUUUGCAUCAUGUUUUGAACUGGUUUAAUAUGCAUGGAUAUAUAGACUGAAAUAAUGUUGUUGUUUUUUUUAUCAAGAAUUAUGACACUGUAUAUUUAGUUCUUAUUUGCAAAGAACUUCACCAAAGUAAUGAUUUAAAAAGGAAAAAAAGACCAUCACCACAUUUUUUUGUUUAAUUGACAUAUAAGAAUUUGUCAAAGUGAAAACCUCUUUCUUUUUUUAAUCUGAGGUCUUGAUAACUAAUUAUAACUAACUAAUUAAUUAAUAAUUACAAUGAUAACUAACUACAGCUUGACUCUCUUUUGGUGAAAAGUUUCUGUGUGUGUAUUUGAGUGUUCGUCCUCAUGCUAUGUCAAGAAAUCAUAAAGUCAAUGUGUCUGUAUCUUGUCUUGUGAGUUGUAACAGCCAGCUACAAUACAGACAGUAAUAUUCAAACCCUAACCAAAGCCCCAAACCUAACCAGUAAACUCUGCCCUUAGAAGGGCAUACUAAAUGGAGGCCAGCCUUCGUGCCAGCCCAGAGCUAGAAAGCUGCGGAUGGAGAAGACUGAGGUGAAAGCUCAUUUGGUUCCUGAUUGGCUGAGGAGUAGCCUUUGGAUGGAUAUGGUCCAUGAUGGAUGUGGCCAGCAGCAGAGGAGAAAGAGUUUGGAUGACCUCUGGAUUGAAGAGCAAAAGAAAUACAAACGUAAAAUGACGAGGAUCAUCAGGGGGAGCUUUGGACAACUCAACACAGUGUUUUCCGAAGACAUGGACAAAGUAAGAUGUUGCCACAGCAAGGUGGGCUGGCCGACGAAAGUCCGAAUCUUGGGAAUCUUUCUGAUCCUCGUCUUCUUCCUUCCUCGCUUUUCCGUCUCUUUCAAACUGUUUCUUCCUCUUUGAUGACUUCUGACAGUUCUCCUUGAAAAUGAACCGUUGAAUCUGUCAUGACGUUACCUUUCUGGCAUGUCCUUCUAUACUGUUUCUCUCUUUUCACCUCCACUUGAAUGGAAGCAUACUCAUUCAUCCUGCUUUCCUAACAAUUAUUGUCUCUAAAAAGUCGAUGUCUUGUGUAGGUUUAUGUCCUGUUAAAAAUGACAAACACAUUAAUAUCAGUAGAAAUGUAAUUAAACAAAUCCAUUGUUGUUCCUACAGAUUGAUGCUGGAGUCACCUCAGGGCCCACAGAUGUCUUUCGGGGGAUGCCCCUCAAGGCCCACUGCUUCUCCCAGAGCACCCCCAUAGGCCUUGACUGCCUAGGUUGGAGAAGCCACAUCUACUCCAGUAAGUACCCACUCUGGUGCAGAUUUCCCCCAAUUUAGACACUCUGUUCAUAUAUAAUUUUAUUUCUGUUUUUAUUUUAUUAAAAUUUAGUUCAAAUUGGACCCCAACCCUGACUAGCACACACAAACACAUGGUUGUCAAAUAACUAGAGCUGUGUGGAACGGGAGAUGGUGUGCUGUUGAAGUGUCAAGGUGUUCUUGUGUGAGGUGCUUUAGCUCCUCCAAGGAUGAACAAGGCACCUCCACUAUCACUGAUGUGUGUGAGUCAGUAAUGCUCUGGCCUCAUCAUUAAAUUUUAUAAAAUUAGUAAAAAAAAAAAAAAAAAAAAAAAACCUUGAUAGACUGGAAAAUGAUAUUUUAAAUCCACAAGUUCUUUUAUUACAGUCAAUUAACUGGUUAUAUUAAUUGCAAUAGAAAUAGCGAUUUUAUGUAUUAAGCCUAUGUCAUUACAGGUAAGCCUUAUAUGCUUUACAUAAAGAAUGAAAAACAUAAUACAAUUAAUAAACCAACAUCCAGCAUACACCAAACACACCACACAGUAACUGAAGAAACAAAGAAAACCUAACUAGACUUGGAUCUGAUUCUGGGCUCGGUUAACAGACUCUCACCAUGACCUGAGGGUUUGGAUUAUGUAGCGUGUCAGAAAUAUACUGAGGUGCUGAACCAUUGAGUGCUUCAUGGACAUUUGAUAGGGCAUAGCUGUAAUCAAGCUUGUUUGAAUACGUAUGGAUUAACUUUUCUGCAUCAGUUUGGGACAUGAAUGGUUGUACCUUGAGGUGUUUUGUAGAUGGCAGAGUGCUGCUCUCGUUUUGUUUGUGAUAUGAUCUCUGAAGCUGAGAUCUGAAUCACUGACUUUGAAAGACUUUUAUUUCAGGUGUAGGUGGAUUUUGUCUCUCUCUGACUGCAAGUGUUUCAGUUUUGUUUGAGUUAAGUUUUAAAAAGCUGAUUAACAUUAAACAGUUAAUAUCAUGCCUGUGAGGACAUGAAGUCAACCAUCCAGCAGACAAUAAGGUGUGCCUUGAAACAGAUGAUGAACAUGCCAAGGCUUUUGAAUUGUUGAUACGCAAUGAGAUAAGAUAAAGAGAAUAUUUGAUAUAAAGAUUGACAACAAAAUAUCAGGCAGAAUUUAUGUGUUUUUUGUAGUACUUCAUAUGCUCUAAAAUAUAGGGUACCAUUUUCAUGCUUCUUAAAAGCUUUGGGACUUUGACAAAAUCCAUUAUUAUAAAAAAGGUGUUUUAAAAGGCAUUGUAAUCUUAAAUGUAAAGCAGUGUAGACUCUGUAUGUGUGAGUUGUAGUAUCUUCCUGCAGUGAGGCAUCAAUCUAACAAGUUGAAGUGGUGAAAAGUAUCUCCUUCAAUAGGACUGCACUCAUUCUGUAGAUUGAACUUAUUUUAGUGAUGCUAAAACAUAAGUGUAAAUGCAGUGAUUCAUGUAUCUGAGCAACAUCUCUCCUAUAUGUGAGAGGAAAAAUGCAGUUCUUCAUACAACCUGCUGGCUGCAGUAAACUCUCACUGAAAGUCAAAGCUAAGAGUCCCUUUGACUGUACAGUUUACCAUCAGCUGCGCCUGCAAACUUUGAUAUUUCAUAUUGUAAUUUUCUUUUUCCCUCACUCAUUUUUGUUUGGGUGUUUUUAUGGAAACAAAAAAAAAAAUAUUUGUCUUUAUCAAGUGUUCAGAGGCAGAACCUUAUGUGGAAGCAAAAAAUGAGCACAACAGGACAUGUCACUGAGGGGGAUCUGAGCAGCAUUUGUAAAAUUGAACAAAUUGACAAAUUGAAUAAUGUUAACUGAUAUCCAGCCUGUCUUUUAACAGACUGUCAUCUUAAAUCUGACAGACUGCAGAUUGCAUUCUCUCAUGGUGAUGUCUGCAUCUCUCCCCAGUGUAAUUAGAUUCAUGGACCGCACUCAUUUGGGAAAAGCAAUAUAGGGCGAUUGCAACACAACCCCACUGUGCCUGAGAAUGCAAGUGGGACAGCACACCACAAUAAAGCCACUUUGGUCUUUUUACACAAUGCCAUGGUUACCAUUGUAAUCUCCAGUAGAGCAGAGUUAAUCUGAGUAGUGAUACAUCUCAUUUCCUUUUGUAAUCUUUUAAGGUGGUUUCAUCAGGUUGAAUUCCCUUGACAACGGCAGCUUGAACUCGAGAAGUCAGACAGUCAGUUGUAAAGUUAGGCACAGUAAGCAUCAGCUGAGUGGAUUUGGAUUUUUGUUUUUCUGACUCAUUGUUUGUGACUGGCAUAUGGCAAAGCUGAGUAGUUGCAAAUAAUCAGUUUAAAUUCUCUUGAUGAUAAAUGUUUGUAAUGUAAAGAAGGCUUUGAGAUGCAGUUUGACGGACGCCGUAGUCCAAAUCUUACUCUUAAAAGGGUUUGUUGUUUUUUGCCGUGUACACACACACUUCCAGGUGUGACACCGCUGAGGUGCACCAUCUCCAUAGAGAUAAUUAUGACUGCUCUGCUUCAGUCAGGGGCAGAAAUCAUCAGGACUUGUUCGAAAAGAGAACCAACAGCACCUGGAAAUCUCUCUUUUGUUUGUUUUUGUUGGCCUCUAGUGGUCGUACACGGAGGUGCAGGUGAAUGGCUGACACGCAAGGUUAAUCGAUGAAUUCGUGAUUGAUCAAAAAUGUUAAAACAACUUAAAUAUUUUUUCUUUAGGCACUUAAUUAAUUAGUUUGUAGAUUGAAGUGAGCAGAAAAAAAAUCAACUACUGAUGCAAAGAGAAGAUAAACUCUGGCUUAAAAUGAUGAUUAUGUCUAUUAUAUGUUUCAUGUUUUAUCCUGAAAAUCCAGUCAACAUCAACUAUCCCAUGCACAACAAAUAAGUAUGUGUGUGUGUUGGUGUGUGUGUGUUGGUGAGUGCAUAUGCAUUUGGCUGUGUGUCUAUGUGUUUGUGUGUUUGUGUGUUUGGUGGGUGGGGAAGGGUAGACUGAGGGAGGGCUGAGUCUUUUCAGUCUCCAGUUAAAUGGAUCCUGCGCCAUUAGUGAGCCAUUCACGCUGUCGCUGGCAGGCAAUUGACAUGGUCGAGCUGCAGAAACCUCCCUGUAGUACCCCCACUGAUGUCAGCCUGGAGACAGAGAGAGAGAGAGAGAGAGAGAGAGAGAGAGAGUGGGGGAGAGAGAGAGUGAGAGAGAGCAAUUGACUGUGUGUUGAUAUUAGGAAAUGAAGCAUUGUGCAAAUGGGUAGAAAGACCGGGCAACAAGAACUGAGAGAGAGAGAGGGCAGCCACUGUGUGAGAGACAAACAAGAGAAGAGAGUUGAAGGGAGAAGCGAAGCACUCUUCUCUGCUUGGAAGGAGGAAACAGCAAGUUGACAGCUCAAGCUUACCUCAGCGAAUAGCGCAGUAGAUCAGCACGGAGGACACCUCCCCUUCCUCCACCUCCACUGCACUCUCUCCCUUCUGGCAGGAUAAACCACCUGCUCAGGCACCUCUUCAUUUCCACUUACCUCUUCACUGCUCACUUUCAUUUCCCUCAUUGCAUGGUGCAUCCAAAUUGGGAUGCGGACCCAACAAGGCUCAGAGGGGGGCGUUCCCUUGCCUGGGGGCAGCUGUGGCAGUAGUGGCAGUGGCAGCUUGGGGCUGUCACCGGGGUCUGACUCGGAUGGUGGAAGCCCCACAGGCGGAGGGGUGGACAGCAUUGUGGACGCUGGUCUCGGAGUUGGUGGAUGUAUGGGUGGAAGUGGAGGAGGAGGGAGCUUAGGUGGAACUCUGAGGGGGGUCCUGUCUCGCUAUUGGAGCUUGGAGAGCCUGCACUCCACCACAGGUAAGCACCGUGCACACAUGAUGCAGGUCUGUGCAGAUAGAUACCCCCCUGCUUCACUCUGGUGUAAAACUUGCAACUUGUAAAUGUAAAGUGUAAAUUUUUACGCACGAAAAGACACAUGUGUACACGAGGGGACUGACACACUCCCAUUAAUGUGCUGCAAAGAGAUGGAUAAGAAAUACUGUAUGUGUGUGUGUGUGUGUGUGCCUGCGUGAUGUGUGAGUGUGAGUACAUGUUGGUGCAUCAUGCCAGAUGACACUCGCUGACAGGGUACAUGCUGUGUUAAUGUUUGGGUGGGCCAGCUUCGUGGCAUUGUGGUCAGGCCGAGACAGCCAGGACAUAACACAGCCCAAGUUUACAUUCCAACAGUGUUAUGUUCUCUGAUUUCAAUCUGUGUGCAUCUCUGUUUAUUAAGCUUGUGGUUGUUUGCAAAGGCUAGACUCGUCUUGAUCCAUAAGAAGCAUGUGAAAAAUAACACAGAGGGUCCUAAAAACUCAGUUCUUGUACUGUUUAUCAUUUAAAACUUAAAAAAAAUCCUGAACGCUGAGCAGAGUUUAAAUUUAGUUCUUUGUUUUUUUCAUUUUCACCCAUGAGUAAAUGCUGCUGUUUGACAUCAGCUUUGAUUUUUAUGUUAUGACACUACACAGUUGACCCCAGCACUCUCCUCUUGUCGUAGUUGAGCCUUUGUGGGUCAGGCUUUUGUUUGUGCGUGAAUUCUUGUCGCUUGUAACUUAUCAAGGAUGGGUCGUAUACAUUUUGCUAGAGAAGGGGAGGACAGUUGAAGAUGUGCAGAAGAGUGGGAGGAGGGUCGGAUACAGACUGAAUAAUCCACAAGAACAUAAGCAAGUGUUGGUUGCUUUGUUGGAGGAGGAGGAGGAGGAGGAACAAGCAUAUGUGCAGUUAUGCAGUGGUAUGAAAAUGAGCAGAGUGCAUGUAAUGAAUAUGCGUAGUAUCAUGCCAUUAGUCAUGUUUAUAGAUCUACGUCCGUUUCCAGUGUUCCAAGCAGCUACAGCAUUUUUUUUCCAACAUCUACCUCCAUGGAGCAACUUGACUUACUUCCAAAAUAGAAGAAAUCUAGAUUUCAACAUAAAUCGAAAUCAAUGCAUUGAUAUUUAACAGACUAAAAAGGGUCGAUCACAAUGUCCUGUGAAGCAUGUCCAAGUCUAAAGGUCUGACACCAGUUGGCAAUACUCACAGUUACAAAAUUUGAUGGGCCUGGCACAAACAGUACCUUCAAUGGAGAGUAUAUGUGAGGAGACUGUAGCCAGGCUUUGUCAAAGCAGGAAUAUCAGAGACGCAAAAACAUGAUAACCUGUCACUCAGAGUGGAAAAGGCACAGUGAAAAUGGAUUCAAUAAUUAAAUAGAGGUUGAGUAAAUGACAGUUUUGAGUUCAGAUUUCUUCAGAUUAAGAAUGAUAAAAACACUGAUGGGAAUAUAAUUUGAUUUACAUUGUUUGAUUGUUUUCUUCUUUUGGUGGGAGCCAGAGCAAAGUGACACAAGGACAUCUGUCUCCGGACAACAAUGGGCCCCUGUGACUGAUAGUAAACUCUCUCUCUCUCUCCCUCUUUCUCGCUCCACCUCUUUCUCUCUUUCUUAUCUCUUUCACACUCGCCUUCAUCUCCCUCACAUCGUUUUCUCUCUUUCUCAUCCCUUUCUCUCUCUUUUUUCUUUGUCUCUUCCUCUCCCUUUAACAUUUUUUCACACUUAAACCCCUUACUUUACAGACAUUAAACUUUGACACUUCCAGGAACAUGCUUUUCUUAUAAACACCUCACAGUGAGAAUUAAUGUCUCAUAUGUGUAAAUUUGAUUGGCUGGGCAGCGUUUAGAGGAUAUGUUAUGUUUUAAGGUUCUUAAUGCAGUAGAACCAUAAUAGUAGAAAAUAAAAGCACUUAACUUACAGAAGAAUUAAAGGGUAUAAGGCAGCGACUGAUAAACCAGAGCCAAACAGAUUGCUGCAGGUUAGCCAGAGGUCAUCAUGUCAUAGAAGGUUUACACUGAUAGCAUGACACAAAUAGUUUGUCAUCACAAGAGUUACCUCACCAUUGUUGUGUAGCUCCUUCAACUCUUUAUAGUGGGAGUGCUCCAACUAUGUACUUUGCCUCAGAAGUGAAAAUUGAUGAUUUUUCAAACAUGAAUGCAUUUAUUUAGGGGAUAGUAGUUUUAAAUAUUGCACCUUAUGACUUCUUGCAGGGCUUUUGCAUUGGAUGUUCAGGUAGGGUCUUGGUCACAGUCCAGAUUCAGCUUUAUCAUAAAGGUGUUGUAUGGACUCUCUAGGUCAGGUUCCUCCAAUCUAAGCCACAAAAAGAUGAGAGCUGUCCAUGCAUGGGGGCAGAGUCAUGUUCAAACAGGGUCCUGCUUUGGAAAUAUUAAGAGUUAUUACAGCUUUUAUAUGAUACUAUUUCCUACUGAAUGUUGCAUUUUUUCCCUACCUUGUCAUUUCUGAGCCCCCAGCCUUCAGGUUAAACUAUGUCACUUUGUCCUUGUUCUUACCGGGAAUAAUACAAUCUCUAAAAGGUGCUUUUGAACCACAGGAACUUUAUCCCAGAAUAAGGAACCUUAUCCUGGGACUAUGACUGCAGGAACUAGAGAGUAAAUUUAGUUCUUGAGUAGAAGACCAACCUCUCAAAAAGCCUCUGAAUACCUGUGCAAGUAACUUCACUUCUAAAUACCGUCCUUUGGUGUCAUUGGCCUGAUUUACAUUUUCCAUAAACUCCAAACUUUAGGCCCCCAGUGGAACCAUUCAGGCCACUUGUAGAGAAGUCCCCUGGAACUAACAGCUCUAGGUGCCAUUGGUGGGAAAGCACCUCAAGUGUCAUCUCGAGGUCUAGUUUUAAAACGUGACAAGCCCGUGUUUUGAUUCACUCUUGCCUCUGUGUGGGCCAGUGCUGUAGAGCAAACCAGCUCGCAACUCUGAAGCCCACUUUGCCCCUGAACACACACACACGCACACACACACACACACACACUAACAAGUGUCCUCAUCCGCGUGGUAAGAAACAGUGAGAGAGGGCAGGAUGUCUCAAAGCAUCCAUCACUUAAAAUGUUAGGCACAGGGCACUCUGGGAAAUAGGUCACUGUGGAACAGCCAUUUAGCCAGAGGCAUCUUUUGCUCUACCUCUACUAAAGUUACUCGGUCGAGAUGGACAUAGCUGAAACAGACAACUGAACCACUGCAAUGAUUUCCCCAGUUUUGUUUGUUCAUUUGAUACUUUGUUGUUUAAUUUGACAUAACUGAAUACAGAGUUUUAUAAGAAAGAAGUGCAGGAACUCUAAAUUUGCUCCAGAAUCAUCUCCUGGAUCAGCUCAUGCCACGGUCAAACGAAAGACUUGACCGAAGUUACUUCAAAUGACAGGAUCUGUGUCACAAAUUGAGGAAAGUAACAGUAUUGUUAGGCUUGAACACAUAAAUACAUAAGACCAUAAUAGAUCUUGAAGCUAACCAAUGUUUAUUUUUAACCCUCAGUAUGGGCUCAGUAUGGGCUCAGAAAAUUGAGAGUCUUGACUGGACCAUCAAAAUGAAUUCGAUAAUGACAAACUAGACAUGGCCAAUCAACCUCCGAACCUUUAGAAUACUGUACGUACACUCUUUCCUGUCUACAGCCAAUCAAUCCGACAUACAGUUUAGGUCAUUUCAGCAGUGAACUAAGCUAGCAACACAGCAGGGUGAUAUGAAGUGCUGAGAGCAAUUAACCCCUCUUAAUGGCAUUGUUGUCUCCAAACAGCCCAUUACCUCAUGUCAGGGCUGCAUGCUGUGUUCCAUAAAAGAGAUUGAAUGCUGCGGUGGUUGUUGUUUAGGGGCACAUGUCAUCAUGUAGGAUGCAAAGAGAGGCUUUUCCAUUAAUCAAUACAGUCUCCAGUCUUCUUCCGACGAUGACGGAUCUGCAGGGGCUUAUGGAGACCUCCCCUGUUCAUGUUCACAUUUAGAAAAAAAAAUGAAUAUUGUCAGUUUUUUAAUUGAAAAGAUAUGCAAAAAUACUUUAAUUUUCACUAAAUUCUUUCCUGACUUUUCUGUCUCUGCUCCACCUCCACUUUACAUGUUGCGUUGCACAUGCUUUGACCUGGGCUGUUUUGUCGUAGUGCAGACUUAAAGGCCCUUUGGUGCAAGUGUCAGUGUAUUUGAGGUGAGUUUAACUUUAUAUUUUGUCAUUAACCACCUCCAUGUGGCCGGUUUGGCUGCACCUCAGCUAAACAGAAUGCUAAAAUUACUCCUCAUCUAUUGGUACAAGAAGAAAGGAGAGGGAGAGAAAAAAAAUACACUCCAUGUCUGUGCUCUUCAUUGGCAGGGAAAUAGUGAAAAGUCUUUCUACCUAAAAUAGAUUUCCUCUGAUGGCAAGAAAUGAUGACACCCAUGGGCUGAGUAGAGCUGAGACUGGAACUUGUUUUUCCCAUCAUGCCACUCUUUGUGUAGCAUAAAUUCCAGUCUUGCCUGUUUUCUGCUUGACCUAUCCAGCUGUAUUUUCUUGCAGAUGGGGGACUUGUUGUCUUGAAUUACUGCUUGGUCAUUCUUGAUGUAUUCGAAUUGCACUAGGCUGGCACUGCCAAGCGCCCACUUGGCUUUUAUUGCUGCUAUGGUAGAUGCAAGUUCCCCUCUGCCAUGGCUUUUAAUACUGUGGUCCCCUACUAUGAUGGUACUGAUUAGGGCUGGGACGAUAUGCUUUUCUCCCGAUUCAAUUCUUCUACGUUUUUUUUUUUCUUCGGGCAAACGUGAAUGUAUCGUUCUUUAUUUGCGUAUGAACACGCUGGUAUUGAACGCGCUCAUUCUGGCGUCUGUGAGCGGCGUUCUAGACUCUGUUUACAAGUGUGCCAGAUGUCCAGAGCCUUCCAGGCGAAACCCCGGCUAAAACACACCAUAAACAGGCCUUCAUAUUUUGCGAAAAGACACCCAAUCUGGCAACCGCAAGCAGCCUGUCUGUCGCUCUGAUAAAUACGUCAGUCGUCACGACUUAAGUUUACAUGUUGGAUGAGGGAGGUCGCACUAGCUGCCCAGAGCACCCAGACUCAUAUGAGCAUUUACUGUUAAUUGUUACUCUUCUUUCCAGUAUUUGCUGUGGUUCCUUUUUAUAAUGACUGAAAUGGAAUUUGAUGUGAAUUGUUUCCAGGUAGGUUUGGAAAAGUAUGACAAAAAAACUUAAGGACUACAGUCCUGUUGUUGUAUUCAUAAUAAAGAGUCUAAAAACCAUUCAAGCAGCAGGUUUUCCUCAUGGUUAUGAAAAUAUACUCUAGGGAUGAACAUUCUUACUAAUGGGGACUGAACAAAACAUUAGGGAAACGCCAGUAUUCUGAGGGCUGUCCUCUCAAUGCUAUGGUUGGAUCAGGACUCAAAAACGGAUAUGAAGAUUAAUCUGGUGUAGUUUUAGUGUUAAAACGGCUAAAAUAAUUGCUGUCUGUGGUUCUAUAUGGGCUACAUAAAAAAUCUGGACAAAUAAUAGCUUGCAGCAAAGUAUUGCAGAAAAAAAAAACUGAAUUAGUUCAUUUUUGGGAACCAUGCACUUAAGUUUAAAAUGUGGAAUUAUGAACGCUGAACUUAACUAGUUCAUUUUAAAAUGUGUGAACUGAACUUUGAACUAGUUCAGGUAGAAAGUGAACUUUCCCAACACUGAUCACAUGUAAGUCAGUUUUUAAGAUUUAUUCUUAAAUUUGAAAGGGAAAAAAAGCGAUUUUUGAACCAAAAUAUUGAUUUUAAAAAUUGUAAAACAAAAAAUUGCGAUAUGUAUGUGAACCAAUUUUUUCCUCCCACCCCUAGUACUGAUGAUCCCCUCUCUCUGUCUCAAUCUCUACAAGCCUAUAUAGCAUACCGGACAUGUUAUUUAAUUAGGAUGACAUGUCAAGCUGGUGCACUCAGGAGUCACAACAGAAAUACCCACUGUAGGCUUAAGGACUGGGAACUGGGUAAUCACUUCUUUAUAUUUAUUUUGCAGCACAUGUUUGAGCACACCAGAGCUCAAAAGUGAUAAAUACUUAUCUGCAAAACUAUUUAUUCAGUAUGAUCUGGUAUUGAAAUUUCUAAAGUGGUUCUUGUUGCAAGUGGCAAUGGGUGCUGCUAUAAGUGGCUGAGAUAGGAGGAAGUUAUGGGCCCAGAGGAGGAAAAUUUGAUCUGCAUGCCUUGUACAAGUGACCAGAACAGGCUGCUUAAGUCUCCUUUAAGACUACUUAACAUACAGAGCUGGUGCUUAUGGUGAACCCACUGACUUACAGAAAUCUGUAUGCUAAAACAGUCUCAAACAGUGUCACUCAAGGCAGAGAGCAAUUCAAACUUCACCAAGCACCUCUGUGACAGACACCCAGACGUGUUCAAGACUUACAUAAAAGUGUAAUGCAUAAGCUAGCUUGUGCAAUGCUGGAGGGCCACUGAAUUAUUAGUAUUCUUGUAAUAUCCUUAGGUUGCGGUGGGACACCUCAAUGAUAGAACCUCAGCGUGUAAGUGCGCAAUCAAAAACAUUCAACAUGCCGCAAGAUGACUCUCUUUGCAGGAAGUGUAUGAAUGUCUGGUGAUAAUUAAACUCUCUGCAGCUGUGAAAACCAGUCAUGAAGGCAGCGAGCAAGAGAGAGGCGUACGAGUAAAAGACUGCAAGCAACAGCAUAAUAAAACAGUCACUGCUUGUAGCUGCUCAUUAGGUAAUUCCUGCAAAAGUCAGGAAGAAUACAGGCGAGGUGAGUGAGGCGGUAAACCUCUCUGAUUUAUUCAUGAGUAAAAGUAAAUAACCAAGGAUUCAUAAGGUAUUAAAACACAACCCAUGUAUUAAGAAUCUGAUUAAAUAUAUAUAUUUUAUUUUAUUUUUUGGGAUAGUUACAUGUGGAUACAGAAUCUUAAAUUUUAUUUUUCCCUUUGGAUGUCAGUAACUUUGUGAUUUAUCAGGCCUGUCUUGUGAAAACCAUUGUCUCAUAUUCUGAAUUUUUGAGCAUCUACUGCUUCAUCUGAAGAAAGACUCUUAACUUAAUGUUUAACCUCAAAGUUGUCUGCCUGGAAACAGAAGACAGACCGAGAAUGUGAGGAAUGUAAGAUAGGACCCUGACCUCAAACUCAAGGGGAUCACACCUUUAAGUGCUGACAUUUCUUGAUAGAUUAGGAGUGAGUACAUUUCUCAGAAAUGAGAGUCUGGGACCAAUUUUGGUCUCUUUGGUGUUGUCCAAUGCUUUAUCCCAUAGCACAAUGUCAUUGCUUGGAUAAAUCAAAUCUUUGGUUUGCUAGUGUAGACUGAGCACCUCUGAAGUUUUGUGAAAACUAGUAUAAUCUUGAUAAUUAUCUUCCUUUUUUGACAUUAAGAUUCUUUAAUCAUGGCAUAACAAAAAAGUGUUGAUUUGAAGGCUGCAUAAGUCUUGAAGACUCCAUUUUAAAGAAUGGAAGUACAGAGCGUGAAAGCUUGUCUUUUAAUCAGAAAUGGAGGUAAAAUAAAAUAAAUAAAAUUCCCACUGUUUCUUACAUAAAACACUACAACACAGGCAUUCCAUGAAGUAAUAAAUGUUUACAUCUAAAGCUUUGUUUUCUUCAACUUAUUUUCUUAAAUGUAUCUUAGUCCACCAUCAACAGUUGCUUUAAUUUCUAGAAGGCACAUUUUUUUCCUUUUCUUUUUUUUUUUUUUUUCAAAUAUUGGCUUAUUUUGUAUUUGAUCUCUGCAACCCGUUCCAAAAAGCUGGGACAGGGUCAUAUUUACCCACAUUUACCACUCUGUCACUUUACCUUUCCUUUAUAUAACACUCAAUAAUUGUUUGAAAUCUGAGGAUGCUAAUUGUUGAAAUUUUGGAGGUGAAUUCUUUCCUAUUCUUGUUUGUUGUAUGACUUCAGUUACUCAACAGUCCAGGUCUCCAUGGUCAUAUUUAUACUUCAUAAUGCUCCAGACACAUCUGGACUGCAGUCAUGCCAGUCUAGUACCAGCACUCUUUUACUGUAAAGCCACGCUGUUGUAACAUGAGCAGAAUGUGUCUUGAUGUUGUCUUGCUGAAAUAAGCAGGGACAUCCCUGAAAAAGACGUGGCUUGGAUGGCAGCAUAUGUUGCUCCUAAACCUGUAUGUACCUUUCAGUAUUAAUGGAGCCUCACAGAUGUGACACUUAGCCAUGCCAUGGACUCUGACACACCCCCAUACAUCACAGCUGCUGGCUUUUGAACUUAGACCUGGUAACAAUCUGGAUGGUCUUUUUCCUCUUUAGCCCGGAGGACACCACGUCUUUGAUUUCCAAGAACAAUUUGGAACGUCAACUCGUCAGGCCACUACACUUUUCCACUUUGCGUCAGUCUGUUUCAGAUGAGCUUAGGUCCAGAGAAGCCAGCAAAACCAAUACUGGCAUUGGUAUUGCAUGGUCGAUUUUGAACUUGUGGAUGUAGAGGUGAAAUGUGUUGACUGUCAAAGUAUUCCUGAGCUUACGUGGUAAUAUCCUUCACAGAGUGAUGUUGAUUUUUGAUGCAGUGCUGCCUGAGGGGUCGAAGGUUACAGGCAUUUCAUGUUGGUUUUGGGCCUUGCUGCUUAUGUGCAGAGACUUCUCUGAUUCUUUGAAUCUUUUGAUGAUAGUAUGGACUGUAGACAAUGAAAUCCUUAAAUUCCUCUAGUUGUACAUCAAGACAUGUCGCUCCCAAGACUAUUUUCUCAUACAGGUGCUCACAAAGUGGUGAACCUCAUCCCAUCCUUGCUUGUAAAUAACUGUGCCUCUUGAGGAUGCUCCCUUUACACUCAAUCAUGACACUCACCUGUUUCCAGUGAACCUUUUCACCUGUAAAUUGAUCCAAACAGAUGUUUUUGGAGCUGACUUCAGUUUUCUCAGUCUUAUGUUGACCCUGUCCCAAUUUUUUGUGGAAGGUUUUACAGGCAUUAAAUUCAGAAUGAGUGAAUAUUUGAAAAAAACAAUAAAGAUUAUUAGUUUAAAUUUUAAAUAUCUUGUCUAUGUAGUGUAUUCAAUUGAAAAUACAUGGAAAAGGAUUUGCAAAUCACUGUAUUCUGUUUUCGUUUAAAUUUUACACAAUGUCCCAACUUUAUUGGAUUUGCGGUUUGAAUGACUUCACAGCAAUUAUAGUAUAACUACCACAAAGUCAUCAUCUUUGGCUUCUGGCCAGUGGAAUAUUUUUAUUCCAGGGAGAUCACGAUUCAUCCGAUUUAUCAGCGGUUAGAAAAAGCUUUGUGAUGCUAAAAUGAAGACACCUUCUUGUAGCAGACUAAGAAAUAGCAAAGGAAAAAAAGAGAAGACUAUCAGGGUGCCAGUUUUGCUUGUCCCGUAUACAGAGGCUAAAGUCCUCUUCUCUGUGAUCACUGGUUCAACUCCAAGUCACAGUUUUCUGCUGUAUGUUUACUCCCACCAGGGUUAGAGUUGGAAUCAUACAUUACCUCCAUCUAUGUCCCUCUGUUUUUUUCCAUCACUUUUCAAUCACUUAUUUUUCACCAUGUCGGUAUAUUAGCAGGUCAGUGUAAUGUCUGAAUGAGCACUUUUGUCACUUGUCCGUGAAUAUUGCAAAUGAAGUCUUGCAAGAAUGAACCAGGACAAAUGAGGGUGCUCCCCUUCACGACUUUCCAAUUCGCAACCUCCGUGCACACGCUAGUCCGUAAUGUCUGAAUAAAGACAUAAUACAGCCUACUGUAUGUCUGAAAGCUGAGAAGCCUUCACUUUAACAAACAGAUAAAGACAUCGAUGUGACAGAUUCCUGAAAAGAGCUUUCGUCUACCUUUCCUCUUCUCCUGUUGUCCUUUGUCUGCCCAUCCCCCUUCUUUCACAUGUCCUCUCCUUCCUUCCCAUCCUCUGAUAAUAAUGCAGGCAAAGGUGUGCAGCAGUAGUAGCAGAGACGCUGACGUUUUUUACAGACCUGCAGGGUGGGGAGAUGGGUUUGUCACAUUCCAUGUAGUGUACUUCGUAGUGUUUGUGUCCUUGUAAUGCAUUUGCGAUGGCUUUCAUAUACUGCCCAUGUAUGGCUGUAAACACAGAGCCGGAGGAAUAAUGCAGCGCAGCCUGGCACUUCCCUGCACACACUGAACACCUCCCCCUCCUCCUCCUUCCUCUAUCAUUCCUCUUCACUUCACUUGGUCAGAGCCUGGAAGUCCUCAUCAGGGUAGAUAAGUCACGAGACAACACUCCCCCAACGUGUGUGACACAGAAGAGCCAAGAUUUAUAACUAGUUCACAUUCUUUUGUGUGGAUGUGUCGAGUAACGUCAGGAUGUGUUACUUCAAGCAACACUGGGCCUUUUUUUUUCCUCAGAUAAGAUAGGUGGUAGUUGGUUUCCUGAUGAAAUGUGGAAGACACUUAUUGUCCUUCAUAAGAAAUAGGUAGAAGUUUGGGGAAAAUACAAGAUACCUGUACAUCCAUCAUAGGUACAUAAACAGCUUUUUGUGGAGAGUAAUUCCCUCUUAUGAUAGAUACUGUCAUCUUUAUCUUUAACUAAACUAAUGCUGCUCAAUUGCUGAAUUUCAACAAACAUAGCUAAUUUAGAGCCCAAAUGUAAUGCAUCAUGCUGGUUAAAAUUCGUUCACUCAUGUCAACCCCAGUGUCUCAGAGCGAAGUAGUUGUUUCGAGUAGUUACCAUCAAACACUCUCUGCACUGCAAAAGCAGAAAGCCGUUCAAUGCCACAUGGAAAUAAACUCACUGAAGUGACGCUAAACAUUAUGUUCCAAAUUUUUCAUCAUAUAAAUCUGAUCUUGUGAAAACUGAAAAAUGAUUGCUAACAACUUUGUUGGAUUUACUAUCAUAAUGAAGAAGCUUUUUGGCAAUAAUAACCAGGGUGUUCAUAGGAUAAUGUUCAAUGUUGUCAUAAUACAUAAGUCAGGUGAUGGAUUAGCCUUUCCUAUUAUGCUACAAUCAAGUUAAUAGACAUAACAACACACUGGCCCUGCCCCCUAUAGAGAAAGUGUUCACCCUUUUAAAGGUAUAUCCCUUCAGUAUUACUCAUGAAUGUCAUGAAGUAGGGAUGGGGCCGAUCCGAUCCAGUAUCGGUAUCAGGUUCCAAUACCAACGUAAUUUACUGAUUGGAAAUUUCUGAUCCAACCUGCAAAAAAUUUCCGAUCCAUAUGUCAUGUCUUUGCUUUAACUUUGUCUUCUGAAAUGACUGUACAAGUGAUUCUUGCCUGCCAAUCUGCAAGCUGGCUGCAAACUGUGAAUGGAUUUCCUGAAUGGAGGCCUGGAGACACGGAGAUAAGAUACGCCCCCAUUCGGGAAAUCAUACGUACAUAUACUUGCAUUUAGAGAAGAGUUUAUUACAGCCUCAUAUAAAAUAAACAAUAAUAAUAAUGAUGGUAAAGCUAACAGAGCUCUGGUAUUGAAAUAGUAUCGGCAGAUAUCCAAAUUCAGGAAUUGAGAUCGGAUCGUAUGUGAAAAGAUGUCUUUGGUGCGUCCCUAUUAUGAAGCCAGUUGUGUUAAGUUAAAAGUUAAGUCUUUUAAAACAAGAAGAGAUGAACCAGUUUGUUUUUAAACAACCCAGACUUCUCCCUAUUGUUAAAAUUUUUAGUCCUUUUGCAACUUUCCUACAUCAUUAGGCGUUAUUCAGUCUGCAGACAGCCUAUUUGAACAGUAAUUUUGCAGAUCAGAUUUGUGUACUCAGACAGCAGAAACCUCCUGUGAUUAGCAUGUUAAUGAGGAAGGCAUCAGCAGCUAUAACAUUGUUCUGCUUCCAACCAAAAAAAUGGCAAGUGGUAAAUCAUCAAUUGCUCCAUGAAACACAUGCUGUGAAGCUGCUGCUGUUGCAUUCUCGACAUGUGUUGUCGAGGGAGCAUGGUGUUCUAUCUUCCUAGUGACUGUACUCUGUUGUUGUCAAGGUUUCAGGAAGUGGGCUUACCUGGUUGCAUGAUUGGUGGUUGGUUUGAGUGGGGUCAGUGUGGUGAUUAAACAGCAUGCAAGGUGCUGCAGUAUGAGAGAAUAUUUAUGAAUUAACAAGACGAUACAAUACAAACUUAUUCACAGAGUGCAGAAACAGUUAAAUGCUCCCAAAACUGCACAGAUAGUGACUCCUUGUGCAAUGCUGUUUGUGCAUAUUAAAGUGAAUAGUAAUGCAAAUGAAUCUUUUUGCAAAAUACUUAAAUACUUAAUCUGCAAACACUGGUGCAAACUAAGGGUGGGAGAAAAAAAAGUGUUACAACAUAGUAUUGCAAUAAUUUGUCUGGUUAUAUAUCGUAUCGUCUCAUUUACCAAGUAUUGAUUUUUCAAAUUACUUGUUAAUGUGAAGUCAAAUCUAUGAUAAUGGAAAAAUAAAAUCAACUGUUUGUCCAGUGAAGUUGGCAGAGGUGACAUUGUAGAGCAGGAGAAAAUUAUUACAACAAAUACAGCGUAAGUAAGACAAAUAUAAAGGAAAGCCAAAUGCUAAAUUAGCUAAACAGUUGAAAAAAUUGUAGUAAUCGCUCUAUAAUGUAUCACAAUACUCACUGUGUUGCAAAUGUUAAAAAUCGCAGUAAUAUUGUAUCAUGGCCAAGUAUCAUGAUAAUAUCGUAUUGUGGCCCUAGUAUUGUGAAAAUAUUGUAUUGUGGCCCAAGUAUCAUGUUAAAAAUCUCGUAUUGUGGCCCAAGUAUCAUGAUAAUAUUGUAUCGAGGCCCAAGUAUCGUGAUAAAAAUAUUGUAUUGUGUGGCCCUAGUAUCGUGAUAAUUAGGGCCCGAGCGUAGCUGCUAAGCAGCUGCGAGAGCCCUAUUAUUCCCCAAGUGGUUUUUCUUUGUUUCUUUCUUUCUUCUUUUUCCUCCCCUUUGAACUGGAAAAUGGCCCACUUCCCACUGGCGAAAACUCAUGAAAUUUGGCAGGACGACCGGGCCUGGUGAAAAAUUCGAUAUUCUGAAGUCGCCCAAACAAUAAAAUGCAAAAUGGCUCCAUAGCGCCCCCUAAGGUGAAAAUUCACACUAUUGACUGUCACGCCUUUACGCUUUGUCAAAAUGACACAAAAAUUGACACACAUAUGUAUCUCAAUAAGAUCUACAAAAAAGUCAGUGCGGGCGUAUCUGUCAAAUGUACGGUUAGAGGGUUAUUCCGCAUUUUUUGCCGAUCUGCACACAUUGGAAUUUCGCUAACUCCUCCGAAGGCUUUCUUUCCACCGGCACCACGUUUGCUCAGGCCAAUCUACACACCAUGGCCAUUAAAAGUUAUUCAAAUCAUGACGCUGCACCCCACGGUUUAGGUUCUAGGGGGCGCCAAAGAUAACCCUAAAAUCCACAUAUUUAAAAGUCUUAUAACUUUUUAUUUUUGCCCUCACUGGCCUCCAAGUUUUCUAGGAUAAUGCAAUGUCCAGCCAUCAACACAUUUGUGAAGGAAUUUUUACUCCCCAAAAGAGCGCCCCCCCAUGGCAGGAGAAAAAAGUCAUUUUUUUCUUGUCCCCUAAGGUGAAAAUACACAUUGUUUAGUGUCACGCCUGUACGCUUUGGCAAAAUGACACAAAAAUUGACACUCACAUGUAUCUCAAUAAGAUCUACAAAAAAGUCAAUGCGCGCGUAUCUGUCAAAUGUACGGUUAAAGGGUUAUUCCACAUUUUUUGCCGAUCCGCACACAUUGGAAUGUGGCUAACUCCUCCUAAGGCUUUCGUUCCACUAGCACCACAUUUGCUCAGGCCAAUCUACACCCCAUGGCCAUUAAAAGUUAUUCAAAUCAUGACGCUGCACCCCACGGUUUAGGUUCUAGGGGGCGCCAAAGAUAACCCUAAAAUCCACAUAUUUCAAAGUCUUAUAACUUUUUAUUUUUGUCCUCACUGGCCUCCAAGUUUUCUAGGAUGAUGCAAUGUCCAGCCAUCAACACAUUUGUGAAGGAAUUUUUACUCCCCAAAAGAGCGCCCCCCCAUGGCAGGAGAAAAAAAGUCCAUUUUUUCUUGUCCCCUAAGGUGGAAAUUCACACUAUUGACUGUCACGCCUGUACGCUUUAUCAUAUUGACACAAAAAUUGACACACAUAUGUAUCUCAAUAAGAUCUACAAAAAAGUCAAUGCGCACGUAUCUGUCAAAUGUACGGUUAAAGGGCUAUUUUGCAUUUUUUGCCGAUUCGCACACAUUGGAAUGUGGCUAACUCCUCCUAAGGCUUUCGUCCAACUGACACCAAAUUUGCUCAGGCCAAUCUACACCCCAUGGCCAUUCAAAGUUGUAAAAAUCAUGACGCUGCACCCCACGGUUUACGUUCUAGGGGGCGCCAAAGAUGACCCAAAAAUCCAUAUUCUUAAAAGAAUCCACAUCCCCCCCCCCCCCAUGGCAGGAGAAAAAGUCAAGUUUUUCCUGCCCAUCGCUCAAUGGCUCAAUCGCAUCGCUCUCCAGGCAACACCGUAAGGAGGAGCAACCUGCCAUUUGGAUAUAUCAUAGCUGUGUUUGUGCCCUCACUCAUGGUCCAGACUUUUUUCAAAUAGGACAUGAAGUUUGUCUGCAGCGAGUGUUUUGGUAGAAACUGCGCCUCCCAUUCAUUAUAAUGGGAAAUGACCACAGACAAGUGCGCACACCAUCUUUGGACCUUGAGUGUGACGCGAUCGGGAGGGGUAGGCGGUCGCGCUGGGGGCGGCGCGACGCGGCUCGGGCCCGACAGUGCCCCACCGGGGCCCUAGUCUUUGUUUCUUUCUUUCUUUUUUCUUUUUCCUCCCCUUUGAACUGGAAAAUGGCCCACUUCCCACUGGCGAAAACUCAUGAAAUUUGGCAGGACGACCGGGCCUGGUGAAAAAUUCGAUAUUCUGAAGUCGCCAAAACAAUAAAAUGCAAAAUGGCUCCAUAGCGCCCCCUAAGGUGGAAAUUCACACUAUUGACUGUCACGCCUAUACGCUUUGUCAUAUUGACACAAAAAUUGACACACAUAUGUAUCUCAAUAAGAUCUACAAAAAAGUCAGUGCGGGCGUAUCUGUCAAAUGUACGGUUAAAGGGUUAUUUCUAAUUUUUUUCCGAUCCGCACACAUUGGAAUUUCGCUAACUCCUCCGAAGGCUUUCGUUCCACCGGCACCACAUUUGCUCAGGCCAAUCUACACCCCGUGGCCAUUAAAAGUUAUCAAAAUCAUGACGCUGCACCCCAAGGUUUAGGUUCUAGGGGGCGCCAAAGAUAACACUAAAAUCCACAUAUUUAAAAGUCUUAUAACUUUUUAUUUUUGUCCUCACUGGCCUCCAAGUUUUCUAGGAUGAUGCAAUGUCCAGCCAUCAACACAUUUGUGAAGGAAUUUUUACUCCCCAAAAGAGCGCCCCCCCAUGGCAGGAGAAAAAAGUCCAUUUUUUCUUGUCCCCUAAGGUGAAAAUACACAUUGUUGAGUGUCACGCCUAUACGCUUUGUCAAAAUGACACAAAAAUUGACACACACAUGUAACUCAAUAAGAUCUACGAAAAAGUCAAUGCGCGCGUAUCUGUCAAAUGUACGGUUAAAGGGUUAUUCUGCAUUUUUUGCCGAUCCGCACACAUUGGAAUUUCGCUAACUCCUCCGAAGGCUUUCUGUCCACCGGCACCACAUUUGCUCAGGACAAUCUACACCCCAUGGCCAUUAAAAGUUAUUCAAAUCAUGACGCUGCACCCCACGGUUUAGGUUCUAGGGGGCGCCAAAGACAACCCUAAAAUCCACAUAUUUAAAAGUCUUAUAACUUUUUAUUUUUGUCCUCACUGGCCUCCAAGUUUUCUAGGAUGAUGCAAUGUCCAGCCAUCAACACAUUUGUGAAGGAAUUUUUACUCCCCAAAAGAGCGCCCCCCCAUGGCAGGAGAAAAAAGUCCAUUUUUUCUUGUCCCCUAAGGUGAAAAUACACAUUGUUGAGUGUCACGCCUAUACGCUUUGUCAAAAUGACACAAAAAUUGACACACACAUGUAACUCAAUAAGAUCUACGAAAAAGUCAAUGCGCGCGUAUCUGUCAAAUGUACGGUUAAAGGGUUAUUUCGCAUUUUUUUCCGAUCCGCACACAUUGGAAUUUCGCUAACUCCUCCGAAGGCUUUCGUUCCACCGGCACCACAUUUGCUCAGGCCAAUCUACACCCCGUGGCCAUUAAAAGUUAUUCAAAUCAUGACGCUGCACCCCACGGUUUAGGUUCUAGGGGGCGCCAAAGACAACCCUAAAAUCCACAUAUUUAAAAGUCUUAUAACUUUUUAUUUUUGUCCUCACUGGCCUCCAAGUUUUCUAGGAUGAUGCAAUGUCCAGCCAUCAACACAUUUGUGAAGGAAUUUUUACUCCCCAAAAGAGCGCCCCCCCAUGGCAGGAGAAAAAAGUCCAUUUUUUCUUGUCCCCUAAGGUGAAAAUACACAUUGUUGAGUGUCACGCCUAUACGCUUUGUCAAAAUGACACAAAAAUUGACACACACAUGUAACUCAAUAAGAUCUACGAAAAAGUCAAUGCGCGCGUAUCUGUCAAAUGUACGGUUAAAGGGUUAUUUCGCAUUUUUUUCCGAUCCGCACACAUUGGAAUUUCGCUAACUCCUCCGAAGGCUUUCUGUCCACCGGCACCACAUUUGCUCAGGACAAUCUACACCCCAUGGCCAUUAAAAGUUAUUCAAAUCAUGACGCUGCACCCCACGGUUUAGGUUCUAGGGGGCGCCAAAGACAACCCUAAAAUCCACAUAUUUAAAAGUCUUAUAACUUUUUAUUUUUGUCCUCACUGGCCUCCAAGUUUUCUAGGAUGAUGCAAUGUCCAGCCAUCAACACAUUUGUGAAGGAAUUUUUACUCCCCAAAAGAGCGCCCCCCCAUGGCAGGAGAAAAAAGUCAAUUUUUUCUUGUCCCCUAAGGUGGAAAUUCACACUAUUGACUGUCACGCCUGUACGCUUUAUCAUAUUGACACAAAAAUUGACACACAUAUGUAUCUCAAUAAGAUCUACAAAAAAGUCAACGCGCGUGUAUCUGUCAAAUGUACGGUUAAAGGGCUAUUUUGCAUUUUUUGCUGAUUCGCACACAUUGGAAUGUGGCUAACUCCUCCUAAGGCUUUCGUCCCACUGACACCAAAUUUGCUCAGGCCAAUCUACACCCCAUGGCCAUGCAAAGUUGUAAAAAUCAUGACGCUGCACCCCACGGUUUACGUUCUAGGGGGCGCCAAAGAUGACCCAAAAAUCCACAUUCUUAAAGGAAUCCACAUCCCCCCCCCCAAGGCAGGAGAAAAAGUCAAGUUUACCCUGCCCAUCGCUCAAUGGCUCAAUCGCAUCGCUCUCCAGGCAACACCGUAAGGAGGAGCAACCUGCCAUUUCGAUAUAUCAUAGCUGUGUUUGUGCCCUCACUCAUGGUCCAGACUUUUUUCAAAUAGGACAUGAAGUUUGUCUGCAGCGAGUGUUUUGGUAGAAACUGCACCUCCCAUUCAUUAUAAUGGGAAAUGACCACAGACAAGUGCGCACACCAUCUUUGGACCUUGAGUGUGACGCGAUCGGGAGGGGGAGGCGGUCGCACUGGGGGCGGCGCGACGCGGCUCGGGCCCGACAGUGCCCCACCGGGGCCCUAGUUUCUUCUUUUUCCUCCCCUUUGAACUGGAAAAUGGCCCACUUCCCACUGGCGAAAACUCAUGAAAUUUGGCAGGACGACCGGGCCUGGUGAAAAAUUCGAUAUUCUGAAGUCGCCCAAACAAUAAAAUGCAAAAUGGCUCCAUAGCGCCCCCUAAGGUGGAAAUUCACACUAUUGACUGUCACGCCUGUACGCUUUGUCAUAUUGACACAAAAAUUGACACACAUAUGUAUCUCAAUAAGAUCUACAAAAAAGUCAGUGCGGCCGUAUCUGUCAAAAUUACGGUUAAAGGGUAAUUUCGCAUUUUUUGCCGAUCCGCACACAUUGGAAUUUCGCUAACUCCUCCGAAGGCUUUCGUUCCACCGGCACCACAUUUGCUCAGGCCAAUCUACACCCCGUGGCCAUUAAAAGUUAUCAAAAUCAUGACGCUGCACCCCAAGGUUUAGGUUCUAGGGGGCGCCAAAGAUAAAACUAAAAUCCACAUAUUUAAAAGUCUUAUAACUUUUUAUUUUUGUCCUCACUGGCCUCCAAGUUUUCUAGGAUGAUGCAAUGUCCAGCCAUCAACACAUUUGUGAAGGAAUUUUUACUCCCCAAAAGAGCGCCCCCCCAUGGCAGGAGAAAAAAGUCCAUUUUUUCUUGUCCCCUUAGGUGAAAAUACACAUUGUUGAGUGUCACGCCUAUACGCUUUGUAAAAAUGACACAAAAAUUGACACACACAUGUAACUCAAUAAGAUCUACAAAAAAGUCCAUGCGCGCGUAUCUGUCAAAUGUACAGUUAAAGGGUUAUUCCGCAUUUUUUGCCGAUACGCACACAUUGGAAUUUCGCUAACUCCUCCGAAGGCUUUCGUUCCACCGGCACCACAUUUGCUCAGGCCAAUCUACACCCCAUGGCUAUUAAAAGUUAUUCAAAUCAUGAUGCUGCACCCCAUGGUUUAGGUUCUAGGGGGCGCCAAAAAUAACCCAAAAAUCCACAUUCUUAAAUGUUUUAUAACUUUUUAUUUUUGUCCUCACUGGCCUCCAAGUUUUCUAGGAUGAUGCAAUGUCCAGCCAUCAACACAUUUGUGAAGGAAUUUUUACUCCCCAAAAGAGCGCCCCCCAUGGUAGGAGAAAAAAGUCAAUUUUUUCUUGUCCCCUUACAUAAAAAUACACAUUGUUGAGUGUCACGCCUGAACGCUUUGUCAUAUUGACACAAAAAUUGACAAUCAUGUGUAUCUCAAUUAGAUCUACGAAAAAGUCAAAGAGCGCGUAUCUGUAUAAUGUACGGUUAAAGGGCUAUUUUGCAUUUUUUGCCGAUUCGCACACAUUGGAAUGUGGCUAUCUCCUCCUAAGGCUUUCGUCCCACCGAUACCAAAUUUGCUCAGGGCAAUCUACACCCCAUGCCCAUUCAAAGUUGUAAAAAUCAUGACGCUGCACCCCACGGUUUACGUUCUAGGGGGCGCCAAAGAUGACCCAAAAAUCCACAUUCUUAAAAGUCAUUUUGGCCACUGCAGGAGUACAGAGUACUGCAGUUCUAGGGGGCGCCAAAGAUGACCCAAAAAUCCACAUUCUUAAAAGUCUUUUUGGCCACUGCAGGAGUACAGAGUACUGCAGGAUACACACACAUAUACACACACGCCAACAUACACACACACACACACACACACACACACACACACACACAGACACACACACACACUCAGAGUCUGUUUUUUAGCACCUGCAAAAACAUGCUGUUUACAUAUUUGACAAGAAUGCAGAGGCUUCCUUUUGCCCCUGAAAAAAAUCAAAUUUCAAACACAACUUGACUGUUCAUUUCUCCAAAAGACAACCAUGAAGCUCCAUUUCAAACCUGAAGCAGAUAGUUGGUGCAUGUGUACAGUAACCUGAGGGGAGUGAGGUGACUAUUUCUGAGGAGAACAUGAGCAGUGAAGAUUCACCUUGGAGCUAGAACAGGGACGUGCACAUGAUUAUACAGGGGCAGGGGCUCAAGUUUUUUCCAGUCAUUUAUACAAUAUGGAAAUUAAUGUGAAAUUAAACCACAAAUAUGUGUGAUGAACUGUUUUUAAAACUUAAACUUCAAAUAAAAAUUGUAAACUUCAAAACAUAUGCAAAUUUUUAACAAAGAACAUAGUAAUUUACCUCUAUUUACAUCAAAAUGCAGGCAAUGGCCCAGGCGUUCUUUGUAAAAUUAUUUACAAAACACUGUAUAGUCUCACAAAUGUCACUUUUUAUUUAUGCCACUACAAAAAAACAUGAUGUAAAUGAUGCAUGAUGUAAAACAUGAUGUAAAAAACUUGUGUAGAUCCUCCUCUAUGUCAGUCCAUGUGUAAUUUUUCCAUAAUUCUUUGUUUUUUGCAGCAUUUUUGUUAGUGUAACUGCAGAUUGUGCUGACAGUGUCUAUGGCACAAAAAAAAAAAAAAUUAAAAUGCCUCAACAAGAACCCCUGGUGGUCUCUGAGGGUGAAACCUGCUAACUGCUGCAGCUCUGUCAGCUUCAGUCUCCCAUGCAGAGCUCUGAGCGCAUGUGUGGCUCUGCACCCUUAGCAGCGUUGCUAACUCCUCAGUAAGGAAAGCCUGCUUCAUGUCAGAGUCUCUAAACUCCAGAAGAAGUCGAUAAAAGUCCCUUUCUUUCUAAAAAAAAGUCGUUAGGGUGUCUGAAAAGUCAUUGAAUCUAACAACAAAGUCGCUAGGUUUGCAACUACGUGUCCCAGACUGCAUCCCUGCUGAGAGUCCCUCCCUCCCUUCUCAUGUUGCAGGAAGAACGUAAGCGCCCGCCCCUUGUCAAUCAGUCACCAUAUAAUUUUGGAUUGGUUGUUGUGGUGAAGUUUUCCACCAAUAGGAGAGAUGUUGUGGUGUGUUUUUUUUUCUUUUGGCAAGCCUUUUCCGCCUGUAAGACCUGUCGCUAAUGUCUGCAUGCUAUGUUUUCCUGUCUCAUUCAGCGCGAUCGAGCGCCGAACGUGAUCAAAAUAAGCAGAAAAAAAGUAUCGCGGACAUAAUUUAUCAUAACUCUGGUUUUAUUUGGCCUAUCAACACAAUUUAAAAACUGGUAUAUAGGUUGAGGUCCUCACUUUUGAGAUAAGUUGAAACGGAGAGUCAACGAGGCUCCGUCUUGCAGCUACAUCCGGUUAAAUAUGUCAUGUGACUUGAACGCACACAUAGACACACACACACGCACACACACACACACACACACACACACACACACACACACACACACACUCAGAGUCUGGUUUUUAGCACCUGCAAAAACAUGCUAUUUACAUAUUUGACAAGAAUGCAGAGGCUCCUUUUGCCCCUGAAAAAAAUCAAAUUUCAAACACAACUUGACUGGUCAUUUCUCCAAAAGACAACCAUGAAGCUGCAUCCAAACCUGAAGCAGGCAGUUGGUGCAUGUGUACAGUAACCUGAGGGGAGUGAGGUGAGUGCUUCUGAGGAGAACAUGAGCAGUGAAGAUUCACCUUGGAGCUAGAACAGAGACAUGCACAUGAUUAUACAGGGGCAGGGGCUCAAGUUUUUUCCAGUCGUUUAUACAAUAUGGAAAUUAAUGUGAAAUUAAAACACAAAGUAUUAAUAGAAAGGUAAUGACUGUCCUGUGUAGGUGACAGUGAUAUCCAAUAGGCUAGGCACUCACGAGGCUGGCUGUGGCAAGUGUAAGUGAAAGCAACACGCACUGGCAGGAAGAACAGCAAACGCCGAUGAAGGAAAAGGGUCUUUGCAGUGAUGGGGGUGAACAGAGAGGGCGGUGGCCAGAGGACACAAAUGGGACGGGGAGGCAGCACGUUGGGGGGGGGGGGGGGGACUCGACACGGCUCGGGCCCGCCAGUGCCCCAACGGGGUCCUAGUAUUGUAUUGUGGCCCAAGUAUUGUGAUGACAUCGUAUUGUGGCCCUAGUAUUGUGAUAAUAUUGUAUCAUGGCCCAAGUGUCGUGGUAAUAUCGUAUUGCGUGGCCCUAGUAUCAUGAUAAUAUUGUAUCGUGGCCCAAGUGUCGUAAUAAUAUCGUAUUGUGGCCCUAGUAUCAUGAUAAUAUUGUAUCGUGGCCCAAGUGUCGUGAUAAUAUCGUAUUGUGGGGCCACUAGUGAUUCCCACCCCUAGUCCAAACAGCCACAAACAUCAAAAGAAAGAUUUAGACUAAUUCGAUAGUAACUGUGCUGCUGUAUUAAUGAGGAAUCUUCCAUCAAUCAGGAAGACAAUUAACCUUAUUUUAUAUCUACAUCCACCCACUUUAUUGUUAUGAUUAGUAUUGCUAUUGUCAAGAGUAUAUUUAGUGCAAUCGUGUGUGAAAGGUUUAACCUUUGCACACUUUUCCAUGUGUGGUGAUGGCGUUGAAUCAUGAUUCUGUUUAUGUUAUUCAGUUAUGUGCCCAGAAAGAGGUUUAGAAAAUAUGCCACUCUGCAGCACAGUUUGCACUCAGAAGCACACACACAUACGCACACAUACACUUGCUGGACGUGCAAAGGAGGUUAAGCUGAACGUGGAUCAAAUCCAUUCCACUCAGAUAACCCAGCUAGUGUUGUCACAAGAUCUAAAACUCUAACCUGCCACGUGCUCCGCUCAUCCAAUUCAUCAUCCACUCAAAUCAUAAGAGCACAGAUAAUCCUCACAUUAUUCAGACACUCAUAGCUCUUUAGCUUCUACGCUCCCAACCCAACCUAUUGUCUUUGAGCCGCUCUCAUCCACAUCAGCUGUUUUUGGAACGUAUAAAGAGCCCCUCUACAAGUUAGGUUAAAGGAAAAACUGUAGUUCGUUAAAACUGGAUCAACUUCUGUCAGAAUUGUUUACUGUAAGAAGAUUUCACGAUCCAAAAAGAACUGCUGAGAUCUGAAAAUAGGACAUCAAAACAUGUCAGGCAGGAAACAAUAGGAAACAGAAAAUAACCGUUCAGUUCUGUUGAGUUUGAGUUUCAAAUCUGGGCUGAGUCCAUGCCUCAUAAAAACUGAAGAUAUAAAAACCAUUACUUGUGCUAAAUAUUUUCAGAUAUUUAAUGCUGAGAGCAGGCCCUGCAUGUCGACAGACUCUGUUUGUUUCAUCUAUUCUACAGCAUACUAACACACUCCUCUGAUCUGGAACUGGGUUGGCCAAUUUGGGGCCCUGGGGGAAGGUGACCGUGGAAGGGUCACUCCAGGCCCCUGUUUCCCACCAGCCUUUUACGCCACUAGGGGAGGGGGUUUCUUUGCUGACAGGGUGAGGGAUUUUAAAACCUCAGGAGGUUAACUUAUUCCCCUGUGACUAUUUAUAAAUUCCUAAAACAACACACAACAGCUUCCACUCCACUAGAACAAAUUUGUGUUUGUGAAUGUAAGACAGAGAUGUUUUUUUUUCACUCCCUAGACCCCAAGCAAAUAAACCCCCCAAAAUGUUGUUCCCAUCUGUUUUGGAAAAAGCUAAAUUACGCAUUCAGAAUCUAUUUUUCACUUGGUUCAGUUAUCCGCACUCAGGCAACCCCUGUUUUUUACAUGCUACCCUUUCCCUUUUGCUCUACACAUGAGGAAAACCUGAAUAUACCUCAUAUCUUUGCUCCUCACCUCCUGGAAUAAAAGAGGAUGUUUUUGAUUGAGUGGGAGUUCAGGUAAUGAAACAAUACAGGAGAUAGUUUCCCUGAACAGUGACAUAUACACACAAGUGCUCGAAGAGAGCUGGGUGUACAGGAACAAGGGCUUUCCCUCUUACUGCUGAUGCAACUCUGUGUGUGUGCAGUUAGUUAACAGUAUCCUGCAGUAGCUUAGAGGGCAAAGAGAAAUCGAAAAGGAUUUCCGGAACAGUUGCAUCACUCAGUUUGGAGUUAUUGAUUGAACAUCCAUUAUUCUCACACAUCCUGGAAUAUAUUUCAGCGAACCUGUCAAAUGGACCUGAUUUCUGGUCCCUGUUUGAAGUUUGUUUUUCUAUGUUUGGAGGCGAAAAGCACACGAGGAGUCCAGAGAGGAGCUGUGACACUCAAACAUGCAGACAAACUGGCUGCUUUGUCGCUUGCUAUCAUCAUUUUGUCAUACUCUGAAAACAAUGUUAUUACCUUGUCUUAAGAUCACCCCCCAUUAAUCAUUUUUGAUCAGGAGCACUAACAUGGUAUGUAAGGUGGUAUGUAAGGUAUUUGAAAGUAUAGCGUCUUAAACACUUAUGUGCUGAACCUCACUCUACAGCUGUAAAAUUUCAUACUGCCUCUUCUGGAGAUUAAAUACUACGAUGAUAAAAUGAAAGCACUUGUUUCGGAUCUUUUAAAGUCAAAAAUACCUGUCAACAGUAGGCCUGGCCAUCUCAUUUAUAAAGCAAAGUUGCAUUUAUAAAAUCUGUGUGUUAUCUUUGCUUUUCCAUGAUGUCAAACAAAAAAUUAAAGUUAAAUUUGAAUGAUGGUUAAAAAGUAUAUAUCUGUCAGAGGUGUGAGCAUGUUUAAAGCUGCAGCAAGUAGAAGCUUCAGUCUUUUACCUCUGCUGGAAAAGACACCCAUCAAAGUUGUUUGAGUGCAGCAUAGGGUUUGCUAUGAUGUGACGGCAUGUAGGGUCACAAUAGUGUCGUUUUUCAGACUCGAUAUUUCCUCUCUUAUACCUGAUUUUCAGAUCAAAAUAUUAUAAUUUCAGCCUCUGUCUGAAAUGUUUUGUUUUAGCUGCUGUCUCUUUAAGGUGUCACUUUCUUCUGAUUGGCCACCUCUACGGAGGCUUUCUGGAAGCACAUAAACCAGUAAGGAGAGUAACAAAUAUAAUAACGCAUCAGAUUUUAUAGCGCUUGUUGUCAGUGACCUCAAAGCGCUUUACAUUGGAGACAUCAUUCAUUUACUCACACCAUGGUGGUGGUAAACCACAUAGGUAGUCACAGCUGUUCUGGGGCAGACUGACGGAAACAUGGCUGCCAGUUUGCGUCUACGGCCUCUCCGACCACCACCACACAACACUCACAAUCAUACACCAGUGGAAGACACACACUGGGAGCAAGGCAGGUUAAGUGUCUUGCCCAAGGACACAACGGACAGACUAGGGAUAGGGCAGCACUCAGACCGCCAACCUUUCAGUUAUUGGCCAACGGCUCUACCUCCUGAGCUACUGCCACCCUAUUGUGUUAUUGUGUCAGAUUUAAGUUAAUCUCGCACAUAAACUGUGGUCUGGCAUUUUUGUUUGUCUGAGAUUUGAGCAGUUUACAUCUACUUUCUCAUAUUAUGAAAAAAAUGUGUUUAACUUGUGAUUUGAAACUUUGCAUACAUGUAGUAUGGAUACUGAACUUUGUAGCUUUGCAGUUUUUGUUGUAAAUGUGGAAAAGCAUGAUACCCCCGAUUUAAGUCCAUGUUGUGAGGCUUGUGUUGCUCACUCCAAUACGUUCGGGUGUCUAUUCCCAUGUCUUCCACAUUGUAACAUUAUUCAUGUCAUCAGCCAUCAGGGUUUGAGUACAGAUGAGCGAUGUCAAAUACUGGAAUGCAAAUGGCCAGAUUUUUGUUUACAUUUGCCCACAAUCAAGACUUUCCCUCGUCCUUUAAUUUUAUGUUAUCAUUAGCUUGAGUAUCAAACUGUCAUGUCUCAUCGAGGCACUUAAGUAUAGACUGAAGGAGAAAAAGGCAGACACAUCCUCAGUGUGAGUUUCUGUGUUCAUUUUAAUUCUCAGACUAAUGAAUCACACUUUUAAAGUCCAUUUAAGCUCAUUUAUUCAGAAUUUGUUAUAUGUGGUGUCACUAAGUCUUGAUUAAUUUCUCAGUGACUCCAAUCAGCGUUAAGCAUCGAGACAGAUUCAUUUAAAUGUUUCUCCAGUUGCAUCUUUAUACCUGUCAUCAUCACUGCAGUGCUUUUUUUUUUCACCCGCACAUCUCCGUCUGUCAUCCACCCUGAGCCCUCAGGCCUGGCUGGCUGAAUUCUUCCAAACCCAGUUUAUACAAAGUCUACCUUGAAUUUCAAUGAGCACCACUGGGAUACACUCAGUUCUACACCAUAUGUCUACAGAGCAGCUGCUGCUAUGAAAAAUAUAACCUCUUAUUUCUCUUUAUACCUGCUCAGUAAUUCAGAGAAAAAAUGUAUUUAUCUGUGUGUGUGUUUUAGUGUGUGUGUGUGUGUGUGUCCUAUUUUGCUUUAAUGUUGAGUACACACGACAACAAUGAAGCUACAUAAACACACAUUGGUGUCUGUGUUUGUUCAAGCGGCCUCAGUUUGGUGCAGAUCAAUAUACCCAGAGAAAAUUGUGCCUCUACUUACGAUCCACAUUGACUCUGGACUUAAUAUCCAGGACUUGUCUGACGGUGACAGAUAACCUGAUAACUAUCUUCCAGACAGCCAGACAUGAUCGAAAAACUCAACAUUAGCAGAGUAUAAAUCCACAGAGCUGACAGCAUCAUUGAAGAUGUCUUUGGGAGUGGAUGAGGGAACAGUGCUGUGCUUUAUUUGAGAAACAGUUUCUGCUUUUGGCCAUCAAUCUUGUUGGUUUAAUUGCAAGAAGGCCAAAAUUGUGACUAUGAUUAAUCUUAUAUUCGUCAUUUUGUGUCCUCCUUCUGUGCACAGGGCCUUUCCCUUCUUUGUCCUCUUUCUCUUCAUGCUUUGUGAAAAGAAAACCACACCACUGACCUUCAUUGCUGUGGUUUGAGUGUAAUAGCUUGAGUGAGAGUGUUAUGGGAUUAUUUUGAUUGUUAUGCUUCCUUUAUAACAUGCUCAGUCAACUAUGGUUGUCAGCAGAGAAGCAGGUGAAUGGAAGAUAGUUCGUAAAUGCUUUUUAGUGUUGAGAUAGUUAAUUUGGAUUGGCUUAGCAUCUUAAGCAUUUAAGUUCGGCUUUAACACUUCUGCGCAGACACAACAGUGAAUCAGAGGAGGGGCGAGCUGGACUUGUGCUUACAGAGGUCUCAUUUUUAGCUGAGAAAAUAAUCUUAUUGACUAAAGAAGCAUCUUCCUCCUUUUCCUGGAAAGAAAGAUAAUCUACAGAGGGUAUUGAACCUCCCACUGAGCUUAUCUUUCUCUCUGCAUAUCUCAUCAUCCUGUUCAGAGCCGAAGCAGCCACCGCAGACGGCUGGUCAACAUAUGCCUGGCUCUGCUCGAGGUCUCUGCCUGUUAAAGAAGAGGCUAACCCUGCCUAUGUAACCUGUCAAAUGUGGCUAAGUGUCUGCUCAUGGUGGAUUUGUAAAGGAAAAACACUCAUGAAAUGGCAAAAGACUGGUUUAUUAUUUUGAAACGUGGCAGAUUUUUUUUUCUAGAUUUUCAAACCAAAUCAAAUUUUAUCUAUAUAGCACCAAAUCACAAUAGUCGUUAUACCAAGACUCUUUCCAAAAAAAAGAAGAGCAGGUCCAGACCACACUCAUUGUUUGAUGAAUUACCAAGACCCAACCUUAAAGGUAUAUUCUUGCGUAAAAUUAAGCUAGGAUCAAACACACUGUAACACUGAGUUAGAUACCCCUUUGACAGAUGAAUGUUGCCGACUGCUUGCUUCUCUAGUUAUACUACCAACUUUAGUAACAACACAACUCACCUACUCUCUUCCAGCAGCCGCUUGUUUCUUCAUGGAAAUGCAAUCAGACUGAGAUGCUAAUGCAGAAGAGCUACCGCGUCUGCAAUUCAGAAUGAUUAAUGAAAUGAUAAUGAAAUGAUCACAGAUGUUCUUCCUUGAGCUGCGUCACCCGGCUGUAGUCCGGAAUGGCCCAAGGUCUCACUACAAACAAGUGGCUGCUGGAAGAGAGUAGGUGACGCUAGGUAGUGCUGUGGUUAGGACCUUAUAUGUACUGUUGAUGAAGUUAGGUGCUGUUCUGAGCAUUAUUUGUGGCUAUAGAGUGGCGUUUUGGUUGAGGUUUGUGUAUGGCUCCUUAGACCGCUGUGUAUUGCUAUCGUGCGGUCGUUACUAAAGUUGGUAUAACUAGAGAAGCAAGCGGUCGGCAACAUUCAUCUCUCGAGGGGGUGUCUAACUCGGUGUUUCGGUGUGUUUGACCCUAACUUAAUUUUACGCCGGAAUAUCCCUUUAAGAUGGGACAAAUUUGACCCAUCUCAUCUAACAUGAGUGACAGUGGCAAGGAAAAACUUUCUUUUAACAGGCAGAAAUCUUGGGUAGGACAGCCACCUCGCCGCUGCUGAGAUAGUUCUCGAACAGCAAAAGUAGUUAACUUUACAUGUAAACUACAGUUUCAUAAAUUAAACCAAAUAAUGACAAAGCAAUAAAAACUGGACUGGAACAUGCAAGACAUUAUACAUCCAGGAGGAAGAGGGCCUUACUCCUCAACUGAUGUAAUUCAAAGUUGUUUCCCCUGGCAUGAAUAUUUCCACAGUAAUGUGCGUCACUGCAAAAGUCCCUCUAGCCUCCACUCCUCUAUGCCCACCUGCACUCCACUUUACUUAGGAGCACGCACUGAACAAAGAGCAACAGAGCUUUCUUAAUAGCUGCCCCCUUCCUCUCAAACUCUCUCUUUAAUCUAACAUCAAGCGUUGUGGUCCUUCCAUCUACCCCCUCCCCUCCCUUCCCCUCCCUUGUCCUGGUUAGCAGGCCAAGUGAUUGUCAGUGUGAGGCUGGCCAGUCACACGUGGGCAGUAGACACGUGCCCCGCUGCAGUCAGCAGCACACACAUCUAAUGAAAUCCAACCAUUACGCUUGAAUUCCCCAACCGACCACAAAAUCACACUCAUGCAAGUGAGUAUUGAAUGUUCUCUCAGCAGAUAAUUCGGAUCCAGUGAUAUGUCUAACCUACAUCCAGAGGCUCAAAAUGAUGAAAUGCCGCAAUUCAAGCUCGUCCACUGACAUAUUUUGUCUUUGGCGUCCUUCCUUACAAACAGAUCCACCCAAAAACUAACAAAGUCAUUGUUUUGUCCGCUGAUCACGUUAGCAUCUCAGUCACACAAUCUCACACACAGACAUUUUUCAAGGACAAGCUGUCCAGCCAAGCAAGAGGCAAACAGUAAACAGUGCAAUUUAGUUUUCCCUCCCUGCUGUGAGCGACACACUGGCCUGUAUGAACCUGCUGCUGCUUUCUAGGUGACACUGAUUGCUUCUGUUUUCUGUUGCUGGUAAAAGACUGGGGAAUAUGCUUGUUUUUAUGCUACUGUUACAUUACAUUGUACUCAGUAUUCCUUUCUCUUUUGAAUUUGUAGUAAAUUAGUGCACAGGGAAAUAUUAGUUAUCAGCAUAUAGCACAAUGUUCAUGCUUCACCACUCACAGAGUUCAGAAAAAGACAACACAUUUUUAAAGUCCAAGUCAAUUUAAUUUAUAAUUCAACAAUUAUAAUCUUUAAGAAAGGUGUGAGCAGGAUGAUCACCUCCUUUCAUAACUCUGAUGGUUGAGCAGUGGUGCAAAGUGAAGAACAAAAGAGUGCUUGUACUUACUUAGUCUGGCGCAAGAACUAGGUUCCUACGUACACACGAGUCUGGUUUUUUAGGAAUCAAACUGUAUCCAGUUUCAUGUUACAAGGGGUCAGUUAAGUUGAUGUUCUAUUAGUGACAAAAAAAAAAAAAGUACAACACAGAUUUUUAUUCAACUCUUGAUCCAAACAGCAGCAGACAGAGAAAAUGAAUGAACAUGAACUGCUUUACUCAUCAGCCGCUGUGGAUCGUGGAUUUCUAAAGUUAUCAGCCACUCAGUGUUUUCACCAUAGCGACGGUUUUGUUGCAGGAGAAUCACAAGUUAUUUGAUCAACUUUGACAACGUGGGCUACCUUUAUGGUUGUCUUUAUCAGAAGUAUUACUGCUCAGAUGUAUAAUGCUGUAGGUACAGUUCGUGUAGAGCAUGAGGAAAUUUUAAACAGUAUUUUAUUUAUUUAUUUAACCAGGUAAGAACCCGUUGAGAUCGAGAUCUCAUUUACAAGAGUGACCUGGCCAAGAGGUCGGUAGCACACAUCACAAUAAUAAAUACUAAUAAAAAAAGAAAAUGACCUCCAGAAACAUAAUUAAAAAAACAGGCACUGUUCCAUGGUCUCCCAAAAUCUGUCAUGUAAGAUUGAACAAAAUGCUUCCAGUGAAAUUUAUUUAAACAAUUUCAGGUCAGUCUGGAGAGUAUUCCAUGCUGAAGUGGCAGCAAAACUGAACAUUUUUUUCACAAUGAUGUGUAAGGCAACUACAACCAGUAACAAAUCUCAGCGCACAGUGAGAGAGAGUAGUUAAGGACUGCAGGCGUUUGGCUGAAGCAGUCAUAUAUAAAACAUCACCAUAAUCCAACAUUUGAAGAAAAGUAGCAGAUACAAGGUAUUUUUGAGCUCUGAGGGAGAAGCGGGAUUUAUUCCUGUAGUAGAAACCUAGUUUUAGUCUGAGAUUAGUGACCAAACUAGCAAUAUGUGCUUUGAAAGAAAGCUCGCGAUUAACAAGAAAACCCAGAUAUUUAUACACAAAUACAAGCUCAAUGGAUACACCCUGCAAAGUCUGGAUCGAGAGAAUGUUCCCAGGUAACUCACUCUUGCUCGAAAAUACCAUGAGUUUGAUUUUAUUUGCAUUCAAGACCAAUUUGAGUUUCUGCAGUCGAGAUUGAACAACAUCAAAAGCAGAUUGCAAAAACUCAAAAGCCGAUUCCUCAUAAUUUGGUUUAUUUUUAUUCACCAUUUUUUAUUCACCAGUUUCUCUGGAAAUUGUCUUUAUCUUGGUCUGUCUGUCUGUGUUUUGAUUUUGUGAAUGCACCAGACACUCAGUCCUUUUUUUAACAUCGCCUCAUGUCUGGAAUACAGUUACUGAUCAAGCUGUUUACAUGACUGUUCUGUAGCCUAUAGCGGCCAUUAUGAACUCUUACCUCUGUCUCAGUGAAUACUUAUCCAAUAACACAUUUUUAUUUGUUUCAUCCUGAUAAUGUCAAUAUGUAUUCUUUGACAAUGCUUAUUCAUGUCAGGGGUUUUUGUAACAUGCUGCAACCAAGAUAUGAGGGCAGCAAGUGUUCAUUAAAUCAAUACACAAACUACAUUGUAUUAGGGAGAGAGAGAUAGAGGCAGAAAGAGAGAGAGAGAGAAAGGAAUUUAAGGGGCAAAACAAUAGAACGAAAAAGAACUCAAGUGCAAUUUUGAGACAUUUUAAUAUCCAGGGACACCCUCACCAGGGGAUAAAAAAAACACUUUAAAGUACUCUGUGGAAAACUUCACUUUUCUUUCUGGAGAUACUCUCGCAGUGUCCUACUAGGCACCUUAAAAAUUGGUGCUUUACAUGAAAACAGCCAUUCAACGCUGACAAGGGCUGGCCGUAUGAUAAAGGACUUCGGCAGCCUGUUUAUGUGCUGUCAAUUUGCUCGUAUGUUUUAUAUUUUUAACAUACUUAGUUGGCACAGCCUCCUAGAGUUGCAAUAAUAAGUACUCCUCAUGUAAGAUAGGGCAAGGUUUGAGGGGAAAUCUGCCUACCAAUCUGAGGGUUGGGGAGAAUUUUCCAAAGUUACCAUCCCUUGACUUAAAGCAGUUUCCCAGAAGCUGCAGAAUCCUCUCCUUUAGCUGGACUGAAUGGUCUCUGAACCAAAAUGAGCCUCAGUGUUACAGGAUGAUUUAAUGGCAGGGCAGAAAUAGAGCGUGAAUAUUCCUUUGCUGGCACUCAAUGACUUAGGUCUCUUUUAAAACCACAGAUGUGCCUUUUUUGCUCAAGUCCACAGGAUUGGCUGGUUUAAAUUUCAGGAUAUUUUAAGUGAUGAUGUUUAAUGGCUGUCCAUUGUCAGUAUCAGUAGCUUCUGUUUUUAAGGUUUUGUAUGUUGUCAUGAUGAGGAAUUUAUGAUAAAACUGGUAAUCUACCUGGUUAAAACUAUCCAAGAAACAUAAACUUAAAAAAAAAACAGGAAUAUGAGUGUGCUGAAUAAACCUUUUUUUUUCUCAAAUCAACAGUUUUGAUAAUGUGCUGUAAAGCAUCGUUCUGCGAGUCUUCCUAUCAUACUGUGCUGGAAUGAAUUCCAGCUAGAGCACAAAACUUGUCUAGAUUACUAUGUUGCAGAGCAGAUGUGAAUGUUUUUUGCGUCGCUUGUGAUUUCCUCCCUCUGCAAAAUGAAACACAAGUGUGCAGCACUUUGCAGGAUUAUACAGUAUUUCUCACUGUUCGGUAUAUGCAUACUGUUGAACAAGUCCUGUACUGAAAUGAUUUAGUAGGAAUACCAUUGUAGCCUUAAGCCAGUUUUUUUCAAACAAGCUUGAUCACCCUUCUCCUGUUUUCUGACACAAGAAGUUGAUUUAGACAUCCAGAAAUCAUUUUUAAUGCAGUUUAACUCACUCGCAUCCUCUCCAGCGAGGAAUGGCAUCAGUAUGUUGAUUUAGUGUUUGAUUUAAUUUGAAAGCCAAAAUAGUAAAAACUCUACAAUCAAAUAAAGAGAAACUUUGUUUUGUUUUAUGUGCAGCAUGGUAGAGAUGUUUUUUACAAGGUUACGUUGUCAUUGAUAAUUACAAGCCACUGUGGUCUGGAUCCUCUGGGCUGCCAGUAUUGUUAUGUACUAAAUCGUUAAAUUUAUUUAAAGAGAAUAACAUCCCUGUUUUAUAGACAUGGUCAAUAUCAUCUGAGCCAUAUUUAUAUUCAAAUAGAGUAGAACAGGAUAUGAGGAAGUUCAGGUUGAGAUGUUGAAGUCUGGGAAUUCUUAUUGUUGUUUAGGAUCCCCCAUUCAGCACUUAAGAGUGGGUCUUAUUUAAAAAAAAAUGGUAUUGUCCCUUUUCUUUCACCGCUCCAUGCUACUGUAAGCCGUACUGCAGGAGCUCAAAAAUAAAGGCCACUCAAUACCUGGAGCUCCCCCAUCUCUCUACAGCAUCACACACCACCAGUCACAGUGUCCUACACUGCCCCCCAAAGGAAAACAUCCACAACUUCACAUCCCUGGUGACGACAGUGAUGGCGAUGUAAAAAUAAAAAAGUGUUAAAUGAUGUGUGAGAUGCUGCUGUGCUUCAGUGUUUUAUACCAGAUGUUGACUGUAGAGGACUCCUUAUUGUCACCUCCUGGUGUGUUUAGAAAGAAAUGACGCCUUCAAUGCCUCUUCAUUUAUUUCUACAACAGAGUCUUGUUGCCAAGUGUAUCUUUCCACCCAGGGGACACCAUGUGCUUUUUCAUUUUAACAGUCUUACACUGGCUCAAUGGUUGCUAGGGAUACGUCUUCCCUGGAAACAGCUGUCAGCUCAGCAGCCGAGGGUGACGCCUAUCAUGAGGUGUGGCAGCAAGUUUAUUUUUAGCUCCCCAUCCAGGUAGCCACAAACUGAGAGUUCAAACACUUCAGAAGAUCGUUCUUUGAUGGGAAGUGAAACAAAGUCUGUUUUGAGAGGCUGCAGAUAUGUUUCUUAUGUUUAAUUUAGAACAAUCAUACUUCUCAGAGGAUUGAGUUUAUCUUAAAUGCAGAAGAUUCUCAAUCUACACUAUAAAGGUUGUAUGAGGCAAUUUGCAGCAUUUAAAAUUGAUGUGCUGUUGUGUUUUCUGCACCCUGAUGUGCACUGCUGUAAAUAAUGUUGUAGUUAUGUAGGUUGGAAGGUAGCCGUGGGAACAAUCUCCAUGGUUACAACUUAGGAGCAUGCACAUCAGUCAUUGAUAAGGAGUGCUGGACCCCUGGGUGCUCGGAGAUUUCACAAAAUGCUCUAAGAACUGUAAAUGUUUAUAAUAUUUGACAUGUGUAAAAGCUCAUGGGCAGCACAGUGGUGUAGUGGUUGGCACUGUCGCCUCACAGCAAGAAGGUCCUGGGUUCGAAUCCGGGUCAGGGGGUUUCUGUGUGGAGUUUGCAUGUUCUCUCUGUGUCUGCGUGGGUUUACUCCGGGUACUCCAGUUUCCUCCUACAUCCCAAAAACAUGCAGUGGUGGGGUUCGUCUCUAUAUGUCAGCCCUGCGAUAAACUGGCGACUUGUUCAGGGUGUCCUCUGCCUUCGCCCAAAGAUGCUGGGAUAGGCUCCAGCCCCCCCGUGAACCCUAAUGGGAAUAAGCAGUAGAAAAUGGAUGGUUGAAUGGUUAAAGCUCAUUGCAGCAACUUUUCAAAGGUUCUGCCUCAGCCUCAAAAUAAUGUCUACUAAAUGAAGACACUUGGAUUACUAAAAGACUACAACUUGAAUUAUUUGUUGUGUUACAGUUUUUAAAAGAUACAUACAAGCUUUUCUGACACUCAACAAAACUGUUCAUACUUAAUAAUAUCAUUUUAUUUAUGCAGGAAUUUUUUAAAAAAUAAAGUGCUUAAAAAAAUCAUAAAACGAUAAAUCAAAUAAACAUUAAAGAACAAUAUAGUUAAUGGUUAUAUUAGAGCAAUACACCAAAAAGCAAGGCUAAUAGCUCCCAAACAAUUAAUGAAUUACAGCAGAUAACAAAUAGGUAAUAUCCAAAUGCUUAAAUAAUGUAAGGUGAGAGACACACACAAACAGUUAAACAUCACACCUGACCAGCCUUUUAGUGUUUUUGACCUUACAGAAUUAAAACUUGAUGCGCAUCCCCAGUUUAGACAGGAUUAAAGAAAGAGUGUAAAUCAUUUGUUUAUAUAUUUGUGAUGUUAGACUGUCCUCAUUCUCACCUUUCUCUUUCCUUUCUCAGCUGUGGUUGUUCCUGAUGGGGCAUCAGAGAAGGCGGGGCUCGGGGAUGAACUGGGCAGUGAGGAGGACCUGCUGUAUGAAGAGUUUCGCGGUUCUGGACAUCGUUUUGGACAUCCGGGAGGAGGAGGAGGAGAACAGCUGGCCAUCAAUGAGGUAGGAAGAAUUAAAGUCAUCGAAGGGGUUAAGUGUAGUUGAUUGAUUUUUUUCUUCAAACCCUCAUCUUAAGGUUAACAUUUGGUUCGAUAGAGGUAGGUAUGGAUGAGUUAUUUUGUUUUGCAGGCUGAGGUGUUUUUCAACUGCAAAUUAAGUUUUCUUGUUUCUGGCAUUUUUUUAUGAGUAAACAAAAUUACAUUGUUUUCCUUUUUUCUUUGUUACCUGUGUUCUGUCACUCACGACUAUCUCUCUUCAGGGCCUGUUUUGUUUUAAAAUGAGAAACCUCUGCAGAGAUAGUGCAUACAAAGGUUUUGAAGUUGGUCUCACAAAAGAAUUAAAAAAGGUUAUUUUGUUGGUUUAAUGCCAUAAAUAAAUAAAAAAAAAACAGCAACAAUCAAACCUGUCGUCCCUCUGAGGGGGUUUGCCUAUUUAAGCGACCACUUAAAUCAAUAGUGCCGCUAUUCUUCAGCCUCUCUGUUGCUUUCAGGUAAACUCAAGUGAAAGCAAAAGUGUGUCAGGAUGAAAUGAUGUUGAACAGAACCUGGCCUCACAACCACACAGGGCAGGAAAUGGCUUUUAUUGCCUUUUGGCUAAGAGGAGUGGCAAAAACAAGCUCUGAGGUAGCUGGGUUAUAUAGUUGUCAUGGAUACCUGCUCUGGAUUCUGCUGAUGCACAAAUUCAGCAAAAUGUGAUUUACUGAGGAGAUACAGGCACUCAAACAGCAGAUCAGUGAAGCCUCGUUGUUCAAGGUUUUCCACUGAUUUGUUAACACAUUUUACUUUGUGGCCAAGGAUGUAACCUCCACUGAAGAAAUAAGACAUGCCCCCCAUCUGUUUUUCUUUGUUUUGUUUUGUCUUCUGGUAGGAUUACCCCCUUUCCUUUUCAAAUGAAACCUUUUUCCACAUUAGUUUUUAUGUUGUCAGGGUUGUUUUCCUACCAAAUCAGAUUAGCUGAUGUUGAAAAAGGGGUGCACUGACACAGAAGGGUGAUGCAGAGAGGCUGCCAUCCAAAAAUGGUAAAAAUAAAAUAAAAUUAAAAAAAAAAACGCCAUGUUUCCUGUGUGAUUGACAGUUCAUUUAGUCAGUUCUUUGUUUUAUUUGACUUUAUUGGUGCUGUUUAUAUUGGUUGAAAUUACUUUUGAGUGGCUUCCUUUGAUAUAUUGACAAUAUACUGUAUAUUUUCUGGAAAAACUGGCAUAUGGCAUAUUUGUUAAUGGAUGUUCUUUUCUGGUUCUCUUUGCUGUACAUUUUGUCUAUUGUUAAACUUCUCUGCAGCUGCUAAGCCUUAACCAGUCCUGUUUCUAUGUUAUCUUAUCAGUAGUUUUUCUCUAGUUCUCGAAUUAAACUAAAAAACUGACAGUAAAAAAUAACUUUUAUUAUUUUUGACCAUCUCCCCUCAAGAGAUUAUUUUGAUCAUAAUUUUGUAUAAAUAUAUAUAUGCAUAUUUAUUUGUACUCGCAUUGUUUUUGUUAUAUGGAGUUGAUGAAUUUAGAUGUAAUACUAAUUACCUGAUUGAUCAUCUAAGUCUUCUCCUGCCCUCACUCCGUUAUUCUCUUUGAUUGGUUGAUAGUGACCAAUCAUAACAGAUACCCCAGCAACCCAGCUGCCCAUGUCCCAGUUUUCUUCAUUUCCCUUAAUAUAAGGCAGCCACGACAGAGUUGGCACUCUGCUGCCAUCCUGUGGGCUACUGAUGCAUUAUAUUCACUCUAUUGACAAGAGGUGGUACGGCGUGUGGAUCAAUGACAUAAUGCUGUGUGGGUUCUUGCAAACCAUCUCUGCUGUACAAAGCAGCAGAUUUCAGUUAUGAGGUCCAUCAGGUAUUGUCAGGUUCAAGCCUCUUGGAUGUCCACAUCUGCCUCCUCUUUCACUUUGGUUUCAGUUGCUUUAUUUGUUGAAUGUUUCUUUAUUAUCUGUACCAAACUGAUCAUUUUUAUAAAAUCAACAUCACACAAUCAAGGUUAAAAUGUUCAUGUGGUGCUAACUCAUUUUUCUUCCUGGUGUUUUGUAGUUGCCUGGUAUGAUUUUUUUUUAAUUUAACCUUUAUUUAUCCAUAAAAUGACACAAACAGCACAACAUGAGGAAAUCCGAAGAGCCGACGCUUCUAAAAAGAUAUUAUAAUAAACAUCAGACUGUUAAGGAAAAUGACUACAUACAUUUGCUGCAGAAACUGAUCCCAGUUAUUCAAGAUUUUUCCCAAGAAAGUUCAUAAACUUAACCCAAGACAAGGACCAGACCAGUUUGACCACAGUGCCAAACAGAACCAGGUGUGGUUCUAGACCUAAACCAUUCCUGACUAAUAUCAGGAUCUGUGACACUAAUGUCAAUUUCUUUAUGUUUUUAUACAAUAUAAAGCAGUAGAAACCUAUCAAUCACAGCAGUGAUAAAACACUUGUAAUAUUUAUAUUCUAAGAUGCUUUUUUUUCUUAAAACUGAUGCAGGGUUCAGGAAUCACUGUAAAACAAAGCAAACCGAGGCUGUCAGCUCAUUAUCGAAUGAUAUUUGAUUGAAUAACCAACAAUUUUGAACGUUGUUGUUAACAAAUACUUAAAAAAAAAAACAUGUCGAAAAUAGAUGUUUUUUCCUCUAAUUAGUGUAUACCAAAAAUUCCCAUAUGUCCUUUUUGCUGCGGCAUUUGCUUUAUCUAAUUCAAUUUUACAUAUACAACCUACCUCUUGAAAAAAAUCACAUUAUUAUUCCAUUUCACAAAUAAAUACCAUCUGGGCCGAUUUUGGAAAGUUGAGUGCUGAUAUUUCAUUAAAUUGCCUUUCACUUAUGUGAGCAUAUUAGCAGUAUUGAGUCAGACAAGCUCAGCUCUGUAUGUAUGAAAUAAUUACCCUUCCUGAUUGCCUGGAGUAAAUCUUCCAAAAUAUUCCACGUUCAGCUUAAGUCACAUCCUUGCAGACUUUUGAAUUCAUAAAUGCACCUCACGAAGACUAUGUGGGGAAAUUUUCAGUCAUGCAGUCAGUCAUGAGCCAAGCAGAUGUUGAUACUGUUAUUAUUAAGUCCAUGAUAAUGGUAACAAGAUGUUAAGUUCCUAAAUCAUUCAGAUGCUUUCUAUACUGUUGAGAUACUUUUGGGUUAUUGAGUUAAAGUUGUGUUAACCUGUCUGUAAAAAUGGAUAAUAAGACCCCAUAGUUUAUCAGUUAAAGUAAAUUAUAUUUAAUUAUAUUAAUUUAAUUUAAUUUAAUAAUAUCAAGUAAAUUAUUUGCAACAACUUUAAAAUGUGAAACGGUUAUUAGCCCAUUAUGGCAAAUAUAAAAAUGCAGCAACUGUACUCAGCCAUGUGUACAGACUCUGUUCACACUCACACUAAUGAUUUCUGCAUGGUAUCCAUACCCCUCCCUCUAUCCCUCUCAUCCUAACAACCAGCCCCUCCUCACCCUGAUCUACCUCCAAAUGGUUGCUAAGGCUCUGCUUCAACUACUCUGGUAUCCAGGAUACCAUGACACCUUACGCAUCCUGAUUGGCUGCCAGCUAUACAAGGGUGGGUACACACAAAAAAAGGAAGGACAGGAGGGGAGGGGAGGGGGGGAAAGAGGGAGAUCCUGGUUGUUAGAUGGAUGGCUGAGGCAGCACAGCUCUAGGCAGAGCACCGAGCACCAUUUUAGCAGGAGCUGUUAACAGAGAGAGUAGGUGGGCAGAGACGGAGGGAUAGAAGAGAUCGAAAACAGGCCAGAAGGAGCAAAUGGCUUAAUGGUUUUGGGUGUAGAAAAUGACUGUGUGCACGUAGGUUCAAGUGAGACAGAAAGAAGCCUGACAAAAGAAGGAUAAAAAGAGGAGGAGGGAGACGACAAGGAGGCAUGAACAUGAAUGGGAGACCUGCAGCAUCCUGUCCUCCGUCUUUUCUCUUGACAUCCUGACCAAGGAGAGCAAGAAAACGGGAAAUAAAGAAUAAACUGGUGAAAACGAAAGAGAGGGGAGGCGCCUAUUCCUCAAGAGGAGAAAGCAAGUGAAGGAGGACGAGGGGGAUGCUCAGCACGUAACACACAAAUCGCUUCAAGGAACAGAUUCUCUUACUCGCUGACACAGAUAGACACCCAGCCUCCACUGGCAGGCCGGGCCAACACUGGGCAAAGUGGCAGGAGAGGCACAGGAGGCGACCGCCGGAGCCGAGCGGAGGAGGAGAGCAACACUAGGCGACAGCGACGGAGAAAGUCAAGGAGGAGGACGGGUUGACGCGGUGUGGUGUGGAGGCUCAGCACUGAGAGAAAGGCGACGGGGGAGGGGCAGCGGUGCUGAGGAGGAGGAAGACGAGGCCAGGGGACUGAUGGCUCGUGGCAGCGGCUCAGGGAGGUGGAGUAGGCAGAGGAUGGGAUUCUUCAAUGCCAUGCUUCGCUGCAACCUCCCCCCAGAGACCCAGAAGGUGGUAGUGUUCCUCAUCAUGAUGCUGCUCAUUAUCAUCAACGUGGUGCUCAUGUUCCUGUUGGCCUUUCAGUAGAGCAAACCUACGGACCACCACUCUCUGACAUAAUCCAACACACUCACAAACACAUGCUCAUGAACACAAGCUCCUACAUGAAAGAAAAGACCAGAUAAACUGAGAAGAAGAACCAAGGAUCAGUGGUGGACUUCCCUGUUUACGAGAGGGACUGCUGUGAUUGAUGGGUAUCCAACAUGGCAGCAGCAGAACACAGGUACAGCCACGAUGGUGGAGAUAUCAUUAGUGUGGGAACAGUGAAUGUGUUUGGGCUCUUUGAAAAUUUAAUGUGGAAGACGUUCUUGUUUGUAUAUACGCAUAAAAACCUGUGAAGCAGGUUAGCAGCACUGAAGGAAACCUAUUUUCAAGUCUUGUAUUGAUACUCUAGGUUUGGUUUGUCUGGAUUUUCAAAUAUAUGUCAAUAUAUGUACACCAAAUCUCCAUCAGUAUGACAGAGGACACACUAUUCAGAUUAUAUCCCUUUGACAUGGACAGUGUUUGUACUUCACAAACUUACUAACUAUGGUUGAACCUGUCUCUUAAUACAUUCUGACUUCCCUUUCCUGUUCCAUGACCUUAUGUUCCCUCCUCCAAAUAUGUAUUUCUAAAUCACCUUUGAAGUAUAUUGAGUCAUGUGUGAAAAAGUGUUAUUAUUACCGCAAACAACGUUAGGCUAGUUUUUGACAAAUCAUUGGCCUGCACUCAAUUUCAGUCAAAAUAAACAACAUUAAUUUUAUGGCACUAAAUGUUAUGUUGAUAUAAAUCCAACACUUUUUUGUUAGCGAGGCUAUAAACUCAAGAUUUAUUCAAUCUGACAGAACUGGGAUGUCACACACGUCAUAUCCUGAAGUGUAAAAAAGCAAACCCUUCCCCAGAAACAACAUCUUGUGCCACUUUCUCUGGUGCAAAGUCACAUUUUAAGUUAUGUUUUAAUUUGGAUGAAAAAAAAAAAAAACCCUCAGAAACAGAAAUAGCUAACACAAUGCUUUCAGGUGAUGUAACACACUCUGCAGCGACCUUGUUACAGCUCCUGGGCUCUUAGAUAACCUGGGCUGAUUGUGUUUUGAACAAACAGUUGAAGAACUUAGCGGCUUUUAAGUAGUCUGGGUUAAUUUAAAAUAUGAACCUUUUUUCAGUGAUGUAACCUGUGUACCUUUCUAGUCAGUCAACAUUUUUUGAGUGUGUUGAAGUGGAGGGGAACUUUUACAUCACCAAGUUACUUGCUGUUUCUAAAUAAGUCAUUUGUCUGCCGUCAGCAUUUUGUUGAAGCAAACUGAGCUGGCUGUUAGGAAAAGGAUACUCUGUGUAUAUAUAAUACUUUCUCAUAGUUAGAAGUGAGAAUCACAGUUAGUGUGACUGUGCCCACUGGAAUGAUACAAGGAGUGCUGACAGUGUGUAACCCUGCCUAUAGAUCUAAUUAAUGAAACAACAUGUAUUUUACUAACUUACAGAUAAAUUGCAGAUAUUCCUCUUCUGAGUGGCACCUUUGUCCACUUCAACUAUAUACUGUAUUUUGAAGUGGUCUUAAAUGAAUAGCAGUAUUUUACUCCCUUUUAAUAUUGACUGGAGUUGUUCCUCAGUAGCCAUUUGUAGACACACGGCCCCCUGUGUUGGUAUCCUGCUAAAGCAAACAAAAAAGUUCUUCCAUUUUCACACUUUAAAUCCAGGAAAAUUAUCACCUUUUAUGCAACAGCAAAUCCACUUCAUGUAAAAAAAACAAUGCUUUAGCUGUGGAGGAGAAACUGAACACAUCUAAGUAGUGGGACUGACAUAACUUUGUCGAUCAUGGUAUUUGCAGAGAUUUUUUUUUCAGUUAAGUGCCUUUUUUAAAUCAAAUUUAAGCAAAAUUCCCAAAAUUAUGCUGGACGGAUAUGAAUAUUGGUUGCUUUGUUUAAAGUAAAAUAAAAUUUAAUUUUGAAAAUUUCAUUAAUAGUGUUUGACAUAUAAGAUGUUUAUCUGACUGUGUCUCAAAACUAAGAGGAGAUGAUAAAUGGACUGUGUUUCAGUGUUCAUGGUUGUUGCGUUUUAGCAAUUUUAAGUUUGUAUGGAUGUAAUUGUACAUGUCCUUUUUCCUGCGAUGUGUUGCUGCAGAGGAAAAUUCAUUACACUUUGUGUUCUCUUAUUCUGUUCGGCUUCCCUGCGCAAGAUUGUCUCUCACUGGGACACCUUGUCAUAUGUUGUCAAUUAUUAAUUUUAUCAUAGGAAGCUUUUGAAGACCAUUAGUUGAAUUUGCACAAUUAAAACACUGAAUGAACCUGCUGUACCAAGUUGUUAUGGUUUAUGACCCCUCCAAAUCGAGCAAUAUCCACGUUUAACUAUGCCUGUGAGCUGUUAUCAAUUUAAAACAGUUUAAAUCAUAUGUUCUCACUUUAAUAGAGCUGCCCUCCUGAGUUGACAUUUUUUUAGAGAAUGAUCAAAAGCAAGUUGAAUCUAAAUCAGACUUUUACCUCUGUUUCAAGUGUUUAGUUUUUCAGGAGCACCUAAACUGUAACACGCAGUCAGUCUUAAAAAGAUCCAAACAUCAUUUGCUGUUCUUUUGAACUGGAGUUGUACAUUUGGAUAUCUGUUCAUUUCAAUAGCUUUACUUUUUAAUGGUUUUCCAAAGUGGAGACAACAUCACACUCAAUCUGUCUGCUCUCUCCACAUGAUCUCUCAUUACAACAUGAUGUACACUAUUAAUCUUUCCUAGCAUGGAGUGCUGUUCAGUCUACUUUGCAUUAAGAUGUCUUCUAGAAAUGGAGCUAUAAGCCAGUGCACCUCAGUGUUGACUUAUUUAGCAAAAUAAAGACAUUUAAUAAACUGAUAAUCUUUCGGAUCAUAACUAGAUAAAAAUUGAUUGAAUUUCAUGUAUAUUCAAACCCCGAAACAAUCUGCAUUAAAGAGACUCAUUGAUAUCCUUUUUAUUCACGUUGAGGGUGAAAGGUUACAGGGGCAGAGCUGCUAAUGUGUGAUAGAGCGUCUGUCUCUGUCUAUGUUUGUGUGUCUGUUAAGGUUGAUCUUGUAGUGACCAGUUUCCUGAGCAGUAUUGCCCAACCUGCUGUUUUUAAUGAGUGAUAUGAAGCUGUUUACUAUCAUAACAUUUAAUUAUUGGAGGAUAUUGUGGUGUCAUGUAGUCAAAGAUGAAUCCGGAGAUAGAGACAGCAGAAAGGCAAGAUGGUGUAGGUGUGUUGCCUAGCAACAGCCACAUUGUCUGUUUUCCUCAAUGCUAUGAUGUAUCAGUGGUGCGAAGAAAUGAAAGGAUUGUUCUUUAACAGCACUAGUAAGGUGGAGUGUAAAAAAGUAGGUUUCUUUUCUGCUACCCCACCACCACCCAAAAAAAAAACAAGAGAGAGAGAGAGAGAGUAUUGUGGGCUGAUGGAUUCAAGCAAGAUUUGUGCGGCUUCUGCAGGAAUGAGAGGCUAAGCAUCAUUAUGGAUACCCUCCAUGGACUUAGGGGCCAUGUUGACGCAGUGAAAUAGGUGGUGUGUGUAUGAGGCAGUGUGAAAUAUGACCACUGCAGUGUCUUCAUCAAUAGCACUGGCUCCAUCUCUUUCCUGUUCACACUCUGUUCCCCUGCCUCUGUCUUGCUCGCUGCCUCUUUCCUCUACUGUAUCUUACUUCACCACCACCUUUGCUUCUUAUUGAUCACCCCUCCUGCACCCAGGCUUCAACAAAAAGCUGAUGUAUUUGUAAAGCACAUACUGUACACUAGCAUGUCAUAGUAUGACCUGGUUAAUUCUUGGCCCGCCUCUGAUCUCAUGAGGUCGAAACAGACUGUUUCGCUGUUGGUGGUAGUGGGCCAACUGCAAUUAGUAGCUAGGUUGUACAGACCUGCGUCAUGUACUUCUGUAGGACUGUUUUUAUUCAGCUCUACUUGGAAAGAGGACUGGAAGGGGGCAUGAUUUAUAUCAGAAGUUGUGCUAAUUUGAAGAAUGUAAUAUUUCCUUAUGCAAUAGUCAUUGGCGAUUCAACUGUGUGCUUUUUAGAGCACCAAAUUAAUUUAACAUCAUCACGCAAUGAAUUAUGAACACUUCUCCCUCUCUCUCUCAAACCCUCCACCCCCAAAAAAGAAAAUCUUUGAAGAAGUAAAUGUUAGAUUAGAUUACUUAUCUCCUCCUAAUGACAUACUGGUAUUUAAGGUCCAUGUGUGCACCCAACCCAAGUCACUAAAAGGGCUUCAAGCAGUCAGAAAAUGUGUUUGAAAAAUGGAGGUUCUUUCGACCGAAGAUAGUGCAACAAGCUUAGGGUCAGAUAUAUUGUAAUGAAUUAAAGAUACUGUUGCUCUGUAGCUGAUGGUUGAUUCAUCUUUAAAUAAGGGAGUGUUUACAAACCAGCUCACCAUGUUACCUAAGUGAAAACAUCAAAAGCAUCUUGGUUUGUAUGGUUGGUAUUCGGCAGAGUAACAAUUAAGCGUAUAAUGUUAAAAUUAAACUAGCAAACCACAAACAUGGAGCUUCCACUGUCUAACUUUGUCAUGCCCUGAAAACACUUCGUAUUCAAUACAAUUCAUCAGUGGCUUAUGCUCCCUGUGGACAAAAAGGAAAAACAGGAUUAUUAUUUUAGACUUGACUAAGCUCUUUUAAAGCCUGUUUGGCUUAGUACAACGGGGUCCCAACAACUUUGAGAUGGGUGGUCUUGAAAUACGGUUGUGCCAUCUUUGCCUCAACUGUACUUUGGGUUAAAUACAAAUUAAAUCUUUUCAAAUAAACAUCUUUAUAUCAACUUUUUCACAUCUGCUGCAAUAAUGGAUAACAAUGACAGAAAAAAGUGACUGACUAAACUCUAAAGGUUUUCCAGAUAUGUUUUUCUCGAACUGAUUUAAAGUUUAUUGCGUUUGUACUCUCCUUUCCUUUGUCACUUCAGCUUGUAACCUUGAUAUUCACUGAAUGAUUUUGAAAUGGAAAUUGCAUUCAUGGCAUUACAGGACAACCUUAAUCUGAUGUGUCCCCUCCUCUCUACAGCUGAUCAGUGAUGGCAGCGUGGUGUAUGCUGAGGCACUCUGGGACCAUGUCACCAUGGACGACCAGGAGCUGGGCUUCAAGGCCGGCGAUGUCAUCGAAGUAGUAGAUGCCACUAAUAAAGAGUGGUGGUGGGGUCGUAUCAUGGACAGCGAGGGUUGGUUCCCUGCCAGCUUUGUGCGGGUAAGACACCCUCUGACCAUGGCUGAUGGAAGACACGCCUGAUCAGCUGUUAUACAUUUUUGUAAACCCCUUAAACAAUUAAAACAUUAGAUCUGCAAGUCCCAUUCAUUAAUUUUGUGAUUUUGGAGGAGUAUCAGACUUCCGGCCGAGGUUUAAUGUUACCUGUAUCCUUCUCAGCUGCGUGUAAAUCAAGAUGAGCCCAUGGAAGAAUAUCUGGCCCACCUGGAGCAGGCUCAAACAGGAGAGGAAGACCGGGCAGGUCUGGGCUUGUUACUUGGACCUGGUUUACCCUGCAAAGAGCAAAUGAGGACCAAUGUCAUCAACGAGAUUAUGAGCACUGAGAGAGAUUACAUCAAGCAUCUGAAAGACAUCUGUGAGGUCUGGAUAAGUUUCUGUCCACUCUACAAAAUCUCAUACAUGAGUUUCAACAAAUUCACUUUUUAACCUCGGCUUUGUAAGGCACUAUUUACUAAAUGUCUGUGUUGAAUAUGACUUCUUGGGUUAAAACAAUAAGCAGGAAUAAAUAGCUAUCAUUUCCACUCAGGUCUUCAAAUGUACACUGCUGAAACUGUCAUGGCGUCAACAUAUUAGCAUGCCGCCACACGCACAUUUACUUAUAAUUCUUAUUAAAUACAACUCAAGUCUACUUUAAACUAGAUUAUUUAACAACUGGGAUUACAAGCAAGACAAAAUCCUGAAUUCUGAAUUAGCUGUGUUGAGGUGUGCUCACUGAUCUGCUUGCAGGGUCUGAAAGCACUUUGCUGGCAUACAUUAUGAAUGCCUAAAUGUAUUUAUUUUUGGUGUAUAUUCGUGUCUCCCUCAGGGCUAUAUCAAACAGUGUCGCAAGAGGACAGACAUGUUUAAUGAAGAGCAGCUUCGGACCAUCUUUGGUAAUAUUGAAGAGAUCUACCGGUUCCAGAGGAAGUUCCUGAAAGGUCUAGAGAAGAAAUUCAACAAGGAGCAGCCUCAUCUCAGUGAGAUUGGCUGCUGCUUCUUAGAACAUGUAAGAUAGGUUAUGUUUGAGAAUUAUGGAUUGAAUAUUCCAUGAGCACGUUUCCCCCUUUAACCUGAUUCUUGUUCCCGUUUCAUGUGCAGCAAACAGAUUUCCAGAUCUAUUCAGAGUAUUGCAACAACCACCCUAAUGCCUGCGUCCAGCUCUCCAAGCUCAUGAAGGCCAACAAGUACGUGUUCUUCUUCGAGGCGUGUCGGUUGCUCCAGAAGAUGAUCGACAUUUCCUUAGAUGGGUUUCUGCUCACCCCGGUCCAGAAGAUCUGCAAGUACCCGCUACAGCUGGCUGAGCUGCUCAAAUACACCAACCCUCAGCACAGGUGACUACAAAAUCAUGAAGGAUUUUUGAAAGAUGAUUGGUGCCAAUUUCAAAAUCAGCUACUAAGCUCAUUUAUAUCUCCUUUAGAAAGGCCAAUAUCAGCCUUUUAUAGAAAUGCCCUAUUAGUGUCUACAGUAGUGACAAGUGAAUUUUAGCACAUUAUUUAUACAGUUAAGAUACUAAAAUUUAAACUUAGUACAAGUAAAAAUGGAAUAGUCAGUAAUCUAAUAUUAACCUCAUUAGUCAUGUACUGUUGUUUUAAUUGUUUUCACAGUAAUAUUCCGUUAUAUAAAUGUGAUACUGAGAUCAAUUCUCAAAGAUAGGUUCAUCAAUUAAUGUGCUGUACUUAGGGUCUGAUUAACAAGAGAGCAGUCAGGAUUAAAUUACAUGUUGUCCAUUUAGUACAUUCACCGUGAUGAAUAUGCAGUGUGGGGUGUUUCUACCCUGGGGUGCAAACUGCUCGCAAAAGAAAAUGCAAAGAUGUAAAUUUAGCACACCAUCUGUGAUUUACUCUCACCUGCAAACAGCAUGCAAGCAAAAUGUGCAGUUUUUUUUUUUAAAUGUUAAAAUUGUAUUCGGGUUCUUGGUGAAUGAGGCCCUGAGAACAACAUGUACCAGAAUGGUGUAUGAGUGUUUGAUCUGAAGUUGCAGCAGUGCAGCAGUUUAUGUACGUGCUUAUGACACAACAGCAGAGUAGCAAAAGAAAAAUGUCAACUAGUAUUGAGCUUUAAGUCGUUAAAAUGCUGGAAUUUUUGGGUAUACCAUCUUUGUCUUGAAAAUCUUGCCAUAGGGUCUGUCCUUUUACUGUAGGCUCCUGCAGUAAAAACUCCUACUAUGUUCCUGUCUCAUUUACAGGGACUACAAAGAUGUGGAGGCAGCCUUAAAUGCCAUGAAGAAUGUGGCCAGACUUAUCAAUGAGAGGAAACGUCGCCUAGAGAACAUUGACAAGAUCGCCCAGUGGCAGAGCUCAAUAGAGGACUGGGAGGUGCGGCAGCUUUUGUCUUGAAAUAUUGUUCACGUUCGAGCACUACAUGCCCGGGUAGUAAAUAAUCGACCUGCGUUUGUGUUUUGAACCACACAGGGUGAAGACGUCCUCAGUAGGAGCUCUGAUCUUAUCUUUUCAGGGGAGUUAACCAAGUUGUCCCAGCCUCAGGCCAAGAGCCAACAAAGAAUGUUCUUCCUCUUUGACCAUCAGAUGGUGUACUGCAAAAAGGUGCUCCUCCCACUCUACUCUCUGAACGGGUUUUGAUAAUAAGAAAAAAAAAUUGUAUCACUAUUUUACUACAUUCACUAUUGUUAGAUCCUUGCUCUAGACCAGUGGUUCUCAAGUCCAGUCCUCGAGGCCCACUGUCCUCCAUGUUUUGGAUGUUUCCCUGCUCUAACACACCUGAUUCAAAUGAUCAGCUCGUUAUCAAGCUCUGUAAUGGCUCAGUAACGAGCUGAUCAUUUGAAUCAGGUGUGUUGGAGCAGGGAAACAUCCAAAACAUGCAGGACAGUGGGCCUCGAGGACUGGACUUGAGAACCACUGCUCUAGACAAUUAGAAAGACUCUUACUGAGCCUGCCUUGCUUUCAAAUGCAGGAUCUCUUGCGUCGGGAUAUGUUGUACUACAAGGGUCGGAUGGAUAUGGACCACAUGGAGGUUAUAGAUGUGGAGGAUGGAAAGGAGAAGUACUUCAACAUCAGCGUGAAGAACGCCCUGAAGCUGCGCUCUCAGACUGGUGAUGAGGUCCAUCUUCUGUGUGCCAAAAAACCCGAACAAAAACAACGUUGGCUCCGAGCUUUCAGCGAUGAAAGGAUUCAAGUCCAGCACGACCGUGAGACAGGUCAGCUUACGCGCAUGUUUUAUGCUUACAGUACAAACACAGCAGUGCAUCUAAACAGUAUUUCAAUUCCUUAUUGUUUUCUCUCAGGCUUUUCCCUUACGGAGGUCCAGAAAAAACAGGCCAUGCUGAAUGCCUGCAAAAGCCAUCCAGCUGGGAAACCCAAAGGUAUGCAGCGAAGAGUCGAAUAAUAAGAUUGUUGUUGUUUUUUUUUACAUAAAUCACCUGAACUUAAAGUCUGAAUUUAAGUUUAUACCUGUUAUUAUUCUGCUUCUGCCUACAGCCCGUUUGAGGGUGAACCAGCUCUCUUUAAAACAAGAAAACCAUGACAUUUAGUGGCAGACCCUUUGCAUGUCUUUUUUUUUCCUGAUUGAAUACUUCAUUGCUAUAUUUUCUGAUUUCAUUUAAAGAAUGUGAAAAUGUACUAUUGGCUUCAGAGUGGGAUUUACAAUCUAACACAAAAAACCAAGUUUCAUGUAGGAGCAAAAGCAGUGGGCUUAGAUGUGGCCUGAAGGGAGGUGAGAGAUCUGGACCGGGACUAUUUAUCAUGGACUUUGAUCAUAUAGAGCAGUUUCACGACAAAAGCAUAUCCAUCUGUGCCUCACCCUUUUAAUAGCCCCAUCCAUUUGUGCAUGGUGCUGAUACACCCUAGAAUUUUAUAACAAGGCCCUUCCUGUCAACACUAUCUCACUCUAUCUUUGUUUCUCUGCUGCUGCUGUGCAUCUCAGAGUCUUCAUCAAUAGGAUAUCUUUGUUUGUUUGAAGAUAGAGAUAGAAAAGGUAGAUCGGAUCAUUUGUGGGUUUUUAAGACACAUUUUAACCAACUGCAGUCCUCUUAGCUGUCCCCAGGUUCUUUUUUGCUGUCUGUGGUGCAUUGAUAAAUAAAUUGAUUGAUGAUCUAGGUAUGUUCGACCUUUCCUCGGGUAAAAUAAUCCUCACAAGAUCAUCUCAAAGCUCAGCACAAUAUUACUGUCAAGAUGUCUUUCUUUGUAGCCUUGGACACUGACCGCCCUCCUAUAAAUAAUACAUGACCGCUAAUCAAAAAUUCAGAGAGCAGUGCACUUUAUUGAAACUGUGUGACCCAUAUUCCUGAAGAAUACGGUACAGGUGCUAAAAAUAGUCCUUCUUCAAAAUAGAACAGCAGAUUUAUUUAUAAAGAGUGCUGAAAAUAAACAUCUGCUUUUGUUUUACUUUCUCUUUGCUGGUCUUUGAUUUUUGUUAAGCUACGUUCAAUAAAACUCAACACCUAAAAUGUCUCAAUGUUAAAAAGAAAAGCCAUCCACUUUGGUGUUAGGCCUUAGAUAUCAAACAUUAUAAACACUAAUGAUGUCCUCUGUUUAUGUUCCUCCUCUUUAGCGGUGACCAGACCGUACUACGACUUUCUCCUGCGACAGAAACACCCCUCCCUCCCCACUGCUUUGCCCCAGCAGCAGGUCUUCAUGCUGGCUGAGCCCAAGCGCAAAACCUCUACUUUCUGGCAUAACAUUGGAAGACUGACGCCCUUCAAGAAGUAA